UAGCACUUCCUCGACUGUGAAAGAUAUUUCCUCCCAUUACUAUACGGUACAGUAUAUAAAAUUUUCCGUUUUUGUUCUCUUUUAAGCAUAUAAUCAAGGCGUGUUUUGUUUUGGAGAUGCUAGUAAAAUUUUGUGAUAUAUUUCUAAUUGUAGCUUGCGAUUAGCAAGCAUGCUUUGCGUUGGACUAAUAUAUAUUUCCCAGCUGGAAUUAAUAGACAAAGAACACAAAGAAUUUGGGGCAGGUGUGUUUAAGGUUUUAUAUAUUACAAGAACAAAAAUCAGUAAAGAAUUUAGCAGUGCUGAUUGAUAGAUGUGUUUUAUGUUUUUUGUUGUGUACUGUAUGUGGAUAAGUAAAUGCUUUGAAUAUUAAAAUUUCGCAAUAGAAAUGUUUCAUUUGUGGAUUUUCUCAAUUCAGGGGUACAAUGUAAUAGUUUGAGUGGCUAUUUAUUUAUAAAAGUAUAACACUUUCUUAUUGUAUAUUUUAAAGAUGACAAAAAUAUGUACUAAAAAAGAUGUGAGCAAUGUACCCAUAGUUCCUUGCUUUGUCUAUUCAUAAAAUAUAUUUUUAGUGUGACUAUUUUGAACAUACUCUUUUAAUGGCUCUCAUUUCCUCACCGUAUGAGAAAACCACAUGGCAAUGAAUCAACGAUUAGCUGUUGGAAGGAAGAUGAUAGAGCAGCAAAGAGUUAACCAGGAUAGGGAAAUCAUUAUAAUAUUUACUAACAACAAUAUUAGUUAAUUAUAAGAAUUGCAUUGCUCUAAUAUCUUAUGAUCGAUGAUAUGUAUAUAUAGCAAUAUUAUUGUGAGUGAUUAUAUACAGCUGUGCAAAAUAAUAGAGAAUCUCACAGAAUCUCAUUGAAUGUUUGCAAAUUUAGCUUUCUGAGAUUUUGCUUUUAAUAGGUCUAAAUACUUCAUUCUCUCUCUCUCUUGCUCACUCUCUCAAACAUAUGUCAGUCUGCCAGAGAUUAGUGGGAGUUAUGCUCCUAGGUACAGUUUUAUAUGCUGUUGCCAUAUAAGAAUACAGAAACAAUGUGAUUCUGUCUCCCAAGCACUCUAUCAGUUUAUCGGAGAGGUCUGAAUUAAAGAGGGCAGCUGCUAAUUGCAACCAUUUAUAGCACCCUAUCCAUAACACUAACACACUAACCCUAUCUGUAAAUUACCCACCGUUUGCCUGUUUGCAUAUGUCCUUGUUUGUGUCUAUAAACAGAAUGUUGAAAGGGCACUGAUUUUAAAGUGAUACCUAUCAUGUAAUCAAGAAUAUAAGUCAUCAUUACUAUCUAAAUUAAUGAAAGCACAUCCUACUAAAAUUAAAAUAUAAAAAUGUUGAGUUCUAGGUUUUAGAACAAUAACUUUUCAUGAUUAUAUCUUGAUGCAUGACUCACAUCAAGAAAACGUGAAAACAUACAUGAAAGGUGCAGUAGAUCAGUAAAGACAUUUAAUAAAUUGGUAAUGAUCCCAACUUUUUAAAGUUACAUAAAGCAGUGUGUAUUUAAAACAGUGCUUGAUGUGUCGCUUUGAAGCUUAUUAAGGUUGCUCCUCCCUGUCUACGUUAUAUUAGAAUACACACAAUCUUUUCAGACCUCAAAGCAGAAUAGAGAGACACAUAUAGAUAUUAUGCCUCUUAGAUCAAAAAAAGAGAGCUGGGCCCUUUUCAUCUAAUGUAUCUCUCACCAUUUGUUUGCCUGUCAAUAACUUGCUGUUUCCGAUCCCCAUUUUUCCCAUUCUGGGAGUACUAAGAAAUGACGUGCUCUUAUUGCACUAUGUUUUAUUUUUAUUUUUUUGUCAAUCUCUUUUUUAUUGAAAUUCGAACAGUGGUUGAUCCAGUACAGUGUCUAAAUACAACGUCAAGAAAUAACAUUUGUUUUACAUGGCAAGUUUGUGGCUUACAAUACAAGUUCAAACAGAUAAAGGAGUUACAAUUCGAGGCUAUGUAGCCAAACUUAUAAGAAAUGUGGAAUGUGAACAGACCAUGAGUCUAUGCCGACCCCUUUCUCUGCAUAACCGUGGGGCCUGUUCUUAGACUUCGCCCUAGAGUUAGCCUAGUGUAUCCGUCAGAUUCUUGUUGUUGUCAGGCCAGUCUCAAGCCCUUCCCGCUACGGUCUGUCAUUAGGUGACCUUAAGCUGUCACGUGUAUUCCUGCGUCAAGUCUUAUCAUGUAUAUAGGCAAUGGUGACUGGUAGGUUGUCUGCGGUCUCGGGGGUCAUCGGCAUUGUUAUGCCUCCCAGUUGCAGCCUGCCUGCCCGUUCCCCUUAGUUUGCGGAAUCCGUGUGUUCUCAGGGGCUCGUGCGUCUGAUUCGCGCGCUAGUUUGACUGUUCAGGUUUUAAAAUUACAUCAGGGGGUGUGGGUGCGGUCCCACCCGGGCCCGUAUCUACACAUCUUUCGGAAGAGGGAAAGAUAAAGGGAGCGGGAGAGAGAGAGGAGCACUAUGUUUUAUUAGUUAGCAUUUUAUUUAAUGUUCUGGGACUCUGUCCUUUUUUGGGAAGAUAUCUUUCCAUUCAGUAUGCCAUCCUGUGAAAGAAGCUGGUGACUGUUGGAAGAGAAGGAGAAAGAGUAGGAGUUCAUGUGAUACAGUGAUUAAGAAGCAUUUGCCAGAUUUUGCUAUCUUCUGGUGGAUUCAUACAACUCAAUCUAGUUAUUCUAAAACACUGUUUUUGUUUUUUUAUUCUCUUUUCACUGUCAAAAGGGCUCUCUACUUUAAUUGAGAAGUGGAGAGGCAAUACAAUAAGCAAUAUAUUGUGGGUAGUUGCUUGGGAUCAGAUGAAUAUGUGCCUGUUAAACCACUGGUGACCAACUGUAAUUUUUUGGAGACCAAAUUUGGAGCUGUGACUCAGGGAAUAAGGACCACUGAACUAAUAUAAUAAAUAAACAUAACAUACAAUGUGUUCCUGAGUGAUGCUCCAUUUUCUGUAUUUUGUCCCAGAAUUGGUCUUCCCACAAUGCUUCCUAUCAAACUUGAAAAUCUAACUUGGUGAAUAUAUAUCACUUCUUGUUCUUAUACCACCGUCAAAAUGAGAAACAGAUUAGAGAUAGGGUUAGUAAAAAAAGGUCAAGUUAGGAUCAGCGCUAAAGUGCCACAAAAUUAAGGAGUAUAUAUAAUGUACAGGCAGCACACCUACAGAAAAGGGGGUACACUCUAAUCCCCUAUAGAUAAUUAGAGAUAGAACAAAAACCAAAGGAAGGGUGCACCUUUAAUAUAAAUAUUUUGUACAAAUAAAAUAGUAUGGUCCAAAUAACUUAACACUAGUCCAGAGUAAUAAAGUCCACAAUGAUAAGGAACAUUCUUGCAGAGCAGCAGUGAUACGUCACAGGUGCAGACUUGUAAUUUCAGUAGAACAUAUGAAAAAGAAGCAGAGAAACGAAAAUCCAAUGGUGCAGUAAGUAAAUAUACUUGGAUAUUAAGGAUUAUAAGUAGGUACUACUCACAAUUUCCAGAGCUACAAUCCAGCUCUGGUAUGAAAUGCGUGAAGUGGAAUGAUCGCCACUCAAGGAUAUAUGGAGUAUAACUCGAAAUUCAAUAGUCCAGCGCCGGUAUGGUUCCAGCCGAAAAUAAAAGGAAUAAAAUAUAUAGUGCUCACUGUUCUAUCUCUAGAGAUGGGUCAGGCAUGCAAUACACUUGGAUAACUGCAAUCUUUCAAGGCCUUUGCCACUGAUUGAAUAGAUCAUAAUCCGGAAAACAUAAAGACGAAAAAACUUGAUGAAUAACUGUUGAAGAUAGGUGUAAGAAUAGUUCCAGUUUCCAGACCACUGAUCUCCUGAUUGCACCAUGCAUGUAUCAACAUGGUGUCCUAGCAGUGUACUGUCUGUACUGUUAGAAUCAAUGCAUAUGGCUGGAAUAGAAGAAAUGCAUUGGGGUUAAUUAAUUAAAGGUUAUAAUGUAGCUAAAUUAAAACUCAAAUGUAUUACAGUUCAGUCUUUAAUGAUAACCUCUUGGUUUUCCAAAUUGUUUCCAGCGACCAGUUGUUAUUGGGGCGGUGAACUGCAACUUUCAAGUUGUUGUUGAACUACAGCCCCCAUGCCUGCUAAUCAAGGACAGUGGGGGCUGUAGUCUAAAAUGGGCCUGUGAUGGAGUAUGAUGCCCUUGUUCUAUGUAGUCCCUUCUGUUUUUACUCUAUAUGUUAUUUUGUGUCCACGACUAAUCUUGGUCUCACAUUUCUGUGUAUACUAUCGCAUGCUUUUUUUCACUUUCUGGUUCUUGUAUUACGCUGCUGUGCUCGGCGUGCUUCCUGAUAAUAUCCAUUUGUUUAAAUUAUGAGAAGUGAAACAUAACUGGAGAUGACAGUGGGGGUCCUGAUUUCAUUCAUUAUGUGAUCUCUGUUAGCUCACCAAAUCCAGACACAAAGCAGAAACACCCAGUCUGAUACUUCCAGAAACAGUAGUGGCUUCUAAAACCAGACAAUUAUUUUAUGUUUAUUGUACUUCCACUUAUGGUAGUUUCUUUGGACUUUGUUCUAUUACGGGACUAGUUCAGGUCUGAGCAUUCUCAAUCUCUGCCAUGCACAAUGAGGUUACAUGUGAAUGUGUGAUUAUUAAUAAAUUAGUUAUCUAUAUAAUCACAAACUCUGAUUUGAAUUGUGGACACCAUAGUCAUCUCAUUAUUGGCAAUAUAAAACAAAAUUAUUAUUAUUAUUAUUUUAUUCGGAAGCCUCUGUUAGCAGAAGUGUUUGUAGGGUUUUUGUAUUUUGCUUUACACACUCAUUUCAAAUAUCGGAGUACAUUACAACUUUUCAUUUGAUAUUCACCAAUACCAUAAUUCCAAUACUUCUACCAUUAUCAGUUUGGUAAAAGGGGCCCUAAACCUUAUAUUAAACUGACAAGUUUAAGAAAUAACAAUACUUUCAAAGAAUAUCUGUUGACACUUUAACUGAAACAUAGGAAUUCACCUGAAAACACUUUUCUAAUAGUUAAACCAUAGCCCAAAAUAAAUAAGUGUUUUAUGCAUGAGCAAGACAAAUGCCAGAAACAAACGCCCCCAACUUGAUUUGUUAUAAACGCUGAUUCCUUGUUAAACAAUUAGACCAAUUAAUUGACCUAUUAGCACUGUAUUACAAUAUCACAUAGUAAAACUGAUAACAUAACAAAUACACAUGCUUUUGUGUAGACAUGUAGAAAGCAAAAAAAAAAAUCACUUUUUUACUUUUGUUUCAUUUUCUUCUGUUAUGAGCUGAUAGCUUUCAUAAUUUUGCAUUACUUUUAUUAUUUUAUUUAAAAUGGCAUUUGUGACCUUUGACCCCUUAAGGACCAAACUUCUGGAAUAAAAGGGAAUCAUGACAUGUCACACAUGUCAUUUGUCCUUAAGGGGUUAAGCCAGUACAUGUACCCACAGAUCACUGAAGAUGUGAGUGCAAUGUUUCAGUCCCCGAUCUGGUUCUUGGUUAUUUAUUUGUUUCUGCUUUUUUUCUGCCUUAAAAUAGAUAUUAAGAAACCACACAGAAAAAAAAUGCUACUUGAAAUUUUACCAGGCUACCAAAAUCCACCAAUGGUGAUUCAGUUAGACUGUAUGAGGAGAGCUGGCAGCCUCAGGCCUGGGGGGAAAAUCCAGUUAAGUGGCCCAUUGCACCACCGAAUCAGCUCACCAUUGCACCACCGAAUCAGCUAACCAUGCCCACCUUUACCUGGUUUUAUAACGGAUAUUGAUGUUAUGCUAAUCAGUAGCUCUUUGCCAAACCCACUCCUUCGCGGCUUCGACUUUCAAUGUUGUCAGAGCGCAGGCUGAGAAUCUCUGAGCCUGUGCUCUGACUCACUAACUAAGCACCAGAACCACAAGGGAGAGGAUAUGAUCUGACUGCACCUACUGCUGGUGUGCACCAAUGGACCACCAGGGAAUCGUUUAAAUGAAAUAUGCUGGUGUUCCCAACUUGUGAGCUGUGUUGGCCGCCUCUGUUGUAAAGAUUGGCCCUGCUGACAGACAAGCCGGCACUCACUCUCAAUAACACACACACACAAACCCUGAAAGACACACACAUUCACUGACAGACAACCACUUACUUGAUAGACACACUCACUGACACACUCACACAAACACUGACAGAUACACACUCAAUGACACACUUAUUAAUAGACACAUACACUUACACACUCACUUACUGACAGACACACACACUCACUGACAGACACACACUUACUGACAGACACCAGUGCCAUCUUAACAACGUUAUGGCCCCCCAGGCAAAGCAGCGCAUUGGGGCCCUACCUACACAACUCACAAGAAUAAAAAUGUAAAUUAUAGAUACAAUUAAGCUUAUAUUUAUUAGUACCUUCAACAAAUGCAAUACAUACAUACAAUGCAUACACACAGACUGCUGAAUACAGUCCAUGCUCAAUACAUACACACGACUCCUGAAUAGACACACACAACGACUGCUGAAUAGACACACACACAGACUACUGAAUACACACAGACUGCUGAGUACACACAGACAGACUGCUGAGUACACAUAGAGAGUGCUGAACACACACUGAAUACAUAUACACAGUCCGCUGAAUACACACACAGACUGCUAAAUACACAUACCGAGACUGCUGAAUACAUACAUACUGCUAAAUACACACAUACUGCAGUGAGGGGUGCAGUGUAUGUGUUUGUGUGUACGGAUGCGGUGUGGGGUGCUGUGUGUGUGUGGAGUGCUUUGUGAGUGUGGGGUGCUGUGUGUGUGUGGAGUGCUAUGUGUGUGUGGUGUUCUGUGUGUGUGUUGCAGAGUUUGACAAUGAACUGAUGAAGAAACUGGGAACAGGUGACUCCAGUGCCCCUGAUUGGUGGAAUGAACGACGAGAAGACCUUCAAAAGGAAUCCUGGACUUUGACAUUGAGUUAUGUUUUAUUUUUGUUGUUACAAAUUGUAUUUUAUUUUAUUUGCUCCUGAGGAAGUCUCUAUUAAGAGACGAAACGUGUAGAGCUUUGUACCACUGCUUAUUCUGGUCUCCUAUCCAGCUGAAACAGAGGGACAUAGAGACUACCUGAUGGGCAUUUUGUAUCUUUCACUUUUUGUAAGUGCGUUCAAUUAAAGUGUCUAUUUAUAUUUCAAGCAUUACUGUACUAUGUUCAGUUUUUUCCUUUUGACAUGUACCCUGGGACACUGAGGACGCCUGUAGCUGAGCAUUUAAAGGAACCUUGAUGGGCUCUUAAUAUUCUGACAUCUUGUGAGUGCAUUAUUAACACAAAGGGGCCACAUUCUGAUUAUAUAGUGUUGCCCUAUGAAUUUUCUCUCUGCCUUUAUUCUUUAGGUGUAUCUUAUAUUUUAUAUUUGCAUUUUGAGGACGUUUGAGGAAUCCUCUUGUUACAACCUGAUACAUAAGGGAAGUAAUUGCCUUUAUUGUGUAUUUAUUGCUGCACCUGGGUGGUCUACAUAUAUAUAUAUAUAUAGAGUUUGAGGGUUGCAGGUAGCAAAUGUUUUUUGGUUUUUUAAUACUACUAUACAUUAAAUAAAAUCUCUAUGUCCCCCCCACCCUUCUUCUUACCUUUGGUGAAAGCCAGCCCCGGUGGUCCAGUUGUGAGUUCUGUACAGCCUGCAGCUCGUCUGGCUGCAGGUUGUCUACUGUCCUCCUGCGCGCAGAAUGCUGUGUGCAGCAUUGCAACGCUCCACACACCCGGCCUGCGGGAGGAGCAAUCUGCCUUCCAGGUCGGCCUCUCCUGCAGCUCUGGGUCCUAGCCCCCUUUCUCCCCGAUUGAAGGGAGAUCUUCCUCAAUGGCCCAAGUGGGCACACGACCAGAAAAAAGGUCUGCCUCUCCAUUGGCUGGCAGGGGAGAUCAAACGAUCUUUCCUGUCGGCUGGGCAUGCUGGUCAGCGCGGCGGGCCCCCCAUCCCUUUGGGCUCCACGGGCAACUGCCGAGUGUGCCCAUGCGGAAAGACGGCAGUGACAGACACACACACUCACUUCCAGACACACACACACUCACUGACAAACACAGACACACACACACACACAUACUGACAGAAACACACACUCACUGAUAGAUACACACACACACACACUUACUGACACAUACUCACUAACAGACACACAUACACUUACUUUCAGACACACUUACUUUCAGACACACACUCACAAAUUAAAUUUUUUUUUGCUUGUUGCUCCUACCUUUAGGAGUCCUCUUGGUCCUUUCCCCGGGGUCCAGUGGCUUUUGUGAUCUUCCUGCUCCUCUCUGCUCCCUUGCACUAUUUAGUGAGGCGGGACCGGAAUGACAUCAUAUUCCGGCUCCCAGCAUCACCAGAGAGGGCACGCGAGGGAGCAGAAAGAUCAUCAGCACAGUCAGCGCUCCCUCGCCGCCGUCUUCCUCCUUCCUCACCCAGCAUUUGGGACAAGAAGGUGCAUACUCUGCCUUGCUAUGGGGCGCCCAUAGGUGGCCAGCUGGCCACCUGCUGGGCUCCCUAUGACAAGCCAUUAGCCUUCUCUGCGGGGCGACCCCCACCUCCUGGCGCGGUGCACCCGCCCAGGAUCGGCCCUGCAGCGGCCCUGCAGCGGCCCUGCAGCGGCUGUUUUUCAUAUGAUUUAGGGCAGCCUGGGGGGCAAUUGCCUCCCUGCCCCCGGCCAAGCCCGCCCCUCCGUAUGGCCACAUCAUGUUAAGCCCAUGAUACAAUACCUCAAUAUUGGUGGGUCCUACACUAAUUUUAACAUAGGAGAUAAACACGCUAGUUUACUUUUAUUGUUUUAUUUGAGAUGGCAUUUGUGACUUUUAAGCCACAGAUCACUGGAGAUGUAAGUGUAAUGUUUCAGCCCCCAACCUGGCUCUUGGUUCAUUUGUUUCUGCCUCUUUUUGUAGUGUUAACUGUUAGAGAAUUAUUGGCAAGUCUACAUCUAGAAUUAUAUUUCUAUUUCUUGAUUUGUUUGGAAAUACUGUUGGCAUUCUCUCAUACGCAAGCAUGUUAUUUCAGUCCUCAAGGCAUUUCCUGAUAGCACAAACACUUGCUUUGUUUCUUUAGAAGCAUUUUUACCAGUUGUAGACAAUGAUAAUCACUGCAAAUCCAUUGCCAUCCAAGACACAUCUGGACUGGAAGCAUCAGAUUUGUAUUGGCUCAACAUUAAUUCUGUAACAAGAACUCAAAGGGUGCCCUUAUAGAGUAUAACUAUGACUUGUUUCACACGUCUCUGCAGUCUCAUUAUGGCAAUUUCUAUAUAAGUAUCUGACCUGUUGUGAAAUGCUUCUGGUAGUUAUUAAGCAAUCAGGUAGACUUGAACACUGGAGCUUGGCUAAUGGAACAUUUAUCCACACCUAACUAAAUAGUAGAGUCUGGACAGCAUCAUAAAUGUAAGUAAUGCUUCAUGUGAGAAUUUAAUUUUAUACAAUUACAUUCACCUAAAUCUACUGCAGAUUGCUAGUUUCAUUUUUGCAGACUGGAAAUAUUUUGUUACUGUGCUGAGUUGCAGUUUUUGGUACAAUGUCUGUUGUGCUAAAAAAAAUAAUAUCUGUUUGGCAUUUUAGUGCUUCUCUGUUUGUUUGAGUGGUUGUUCUCGACAUGUGUCAUUUGGAGGCAAUGGGAUAAAUCCGAGAGAGAUGACAGUUAACGUAACAUGAAUCCUGCGCCAGCCCUCACUUAUGCAAAGUGUUUGAAGAGACAGUUAUCUCAUUGUGCAGGCAGAAUAGGCAGCUAUAUAUAAUUUGUUUUAUGUUUACCUGUUAUAUCUUUCCUGCGUUUUUUUCCACCUACCCAGGGGAGCACUGAUCUAGCCAAUCAGUGUAAUAUACCUAAUCAUCAUGGAAAAUAGCAUUUUACAUCACUGACAUCACAAGAUCCUUGGAUGUGCACCAGCUUUGAAUGCACAUCAUGGUCAGUAUUUCUGCUAGAACCCACUUGCUGCCCCGCAGCCAUAACAACCCACCGGACCACCAGGGAAUAAAGCUGACCACCAUGGAUUAUAUAUAGAUAUACAGAGGUGUGCAAAAUAGAUAUAGGUACAGGGGUGUGCAGUAGUAGUCACAGUGGUGUAUUAUGGUUUUGUGCUGCCCACCGUAUGACAAAACUCGAGCAUGCCCCCUUACCCCCUCCCACUUCAAAAAUUUUCUUCCUAUUUAAAACCAACAGACUCUUUGCCUGAUGGACACACACCCUCACUGACAUACACUCACUGACAGAUACACUGUUAUUGUCACACACACUGUUUAACUAACACACACUUUCACUGAAACAUUCACAGACACACACACUCACUCAUUCACAGUUACAUUUACUCAUUCACAGUUACACACACACACUCACCGACAGACACACAUACACACUCACUGACAGACACACAUGUACACUCAUUGUCAGACACACACUCACUCAGACAUACAGAGGUGCGCAGAAUAUAUCUGGGUAUACUGAAAUUUCUCUUCCUAUUUAAAACCAAUACACUCACUGACAGAUACACUGUCAUUAAUGUAAAACAGGAAAUGCACUCAAUCUUCCAACCUUCGAACCAGGGUGCAACCAGAUCCGGGUUCAGCACCAAAUCUCAAAUUUAAUAAUUCAAAAGAAAGGAUUAGGGCGCUUCAAAGGUUCAAUUUCAGGCAAUUUUUUGUCCCCAGAAUGUGCAAAGCAACGUUUCGACCAGUGUGGUCUUUAUCAAGCUGACAAAUGUAUGUGACAAACACAAUUAUAUAGCACACAUAAUUACAACAAUGAAUCAAUAAUACAUCAAUCAAUGGAAUUAACAAAUGAAAUACACCCACCAAUCGCUGUAUGGAUACAAAACAUGUAGGAGACUUCAUAGCCAAUUAAAAACAUAGAUACAACGAGGCACAUCUGAAAAGAAAGCAAUUGCUUGCCACACAUACUUGAUUAAUUAAAUACAAUCAAGCAUAUCUGAAAAGGAAGGGGGAAGAAAUGACCCACCAAAUACACUUGAGAUGGAACAUACAUGAAAAGGGCUCCAAAGUAAUUUAUGCUAUAACAAUGCACAGUGCAUAUGUAAAAAAUAAAUAUUUUUUUUGGCACAAAAUAAAGUCUCCCACAAUAUAUCAUCCAACAGUAAUUAGUGGACAAAAAUCUUUUUUUUUUUAUUCUUUAUUUUUGCAGUGCAUUUGGAAUAACAUAUGUGCACGGGGUACCCCAAAGGCAAUCCUCAUGCUUUGCAAACAUCAAUAACAAUGGAGUAUACAUUGGUACUUGCACAAUUUUUAGUUAGGAGAUGAAGUCGUGUUUAACAUAGAUUAGUAGCAGGUAGUAUCUGUUAAUCAUAGCUUAUUUAGAAGCAUUCACAGUCAGACAUGCAUAACUUUGGGUACGUAAUGUUUGGCAACUAUUCGCGGGUUCAAGACAGGCUAAACCAACUGCGAGGGGUUAAUAAAACUGGUAUAGGUUUGAGUGCUGUGGGACGAAUAAAACUAUGGUAAGGAGGCAUAAGGAGGCAUACUUUUGAUUAGGUUUGUAUAUGGCUAGAACUUUGGUGUGCUAUGCAAUACACGCUUAUUUAAGUAGACCAAUACCCCACUAUGCGCCCUGUAUUUUCCCUGUCUCACAAUGGGUCUGAGCUGCUUGCUCUUGGGUUUAAAUAGCACUGUAGUCUGGAGCUGCAGUGAGAUGACCACAGUAAAGGGGUGCUAAACCAUUGAAACAGCAUAUUAAGAUAUGGAGAAAACUUAUUGCUUAUUUCUGGACUGUCAGCAUGCUCACCCUAGGGGGCCCCCUUGGGGUGGUAGAUAAAGGCAUUAUUAAUCGAGAGCCCAAAAAAAAGAAAAGAGAUAUGUCAGCUAUCAGGACUGCUGGUAUAAUCAUAUGAAAAGAAAAAUAAUAAUAAUAAAAAAAAAAAAAAUUCAAAUCAGCGUUCCGAAGAAAAAUAUAUUUGGUCAUUAGUAAUUCCCAGAGAAUUCCACUUGUCAGCUCAGCUUAGCCUAUGCCUGUGAGGGGCAGAUCACAGUCCAGUCUUUGGGAAAGAUGUGGUCCCACAGCUCCCCGUUGUCUGUGUCCCUGGAUCUCCGUUUGAGAUUGGUGAGUGUGCAGGAGUUGAUGGGGUCUUUUGGCUGUACCUUGCUGCUGGCGUCGGGUCGCCCCCGGGGUGAUAGGUGCUUGGUAUGAGUUUUCAGCGUGCGUCCAGAAGUGUGGGGACAUGCUGCAAUGGCCAGAGGCUUCAGAUGCCGCUGGGCGGUGAGUUGGUCGGGUGUGUGUGGCUAUUUUGUGCUGCCAUAUGUGGUUGCUAUUGUUGGAGCCUGGGGAGCCGUUCUCCUCUCUCCCCCAUUCCGAUCUCCCGCCUCUUCUCUGUCUGAGGGCCACUCUGGGGACUCGGGUCGGGCAUCCACUCAAGAGGCGGCAGGUGGCAGGGCGAAUCCAUGCCGCCGCCUCUUUUCUCGCUUGUUUGAAGAGCCGGCGCCUAUUGCGGAGCCCAGACCAUAGGCUGGUGCAGAGACGUUCAAAGAAGUCCAGCGUGUGAACAGGUGAUUUGGUAGGGGAGCCUUUUGUCGCAUGUCGCGCCUGUGGCGCCAUCUUGUUUGGGCCUUGGCAGUCCCGUUUACCCGCAUGAGUUGUCGCUUGUUCGUGUCUUGCUGUGGGGGUAAUCGUCCCCAGCGAGGACCGGGAUAUCCCCCGCUGUCCAGAAGUGUGGGGACAUGCUGCAAUGGCCAGAGGCUUCAGAUGCCGCUGGGCGGUGAGUUGGUCGGGUGUGUGUGGCUAUUUUGUGCUGCCAUAUGUGGUUGCUAUUGUUGGAGCCUGGGGAGCCGUUCUCCUCUCUCUCCCCCAUUCCGAUCUCCCGCCUCUUCUCUGUCUGAGGGCCACUCUGGGGACUCGGGUCGGGCAUCCACUCAAGAGGUGGCAGGUGGCAGGGCGAAUCCAUGCCGCCGCCUCUUUUCUCGCUUGUUUGAAGAGCCGGCGCCUAUUGCGGAGCCCAGACCAUAGGCUGGUGCAGAGACGUUCAAAGAAGUCCAGCGUGUGAACAGGUGAUUUGGUAGGGGAGCCUUUUGUCGCAUGUCGCGCCUGUGGCGCCAUCUUGUUUGGGCCUUGGCAGUCCCGUUUACCCACAUGAGUUGUCGCUUGUUCGUGUCUUGCUGUGGGGGUAAUCGUUCCCAGCGAGGACCGGGAUAUCCCCCGCCGGUCCAGAGGGGGGGGGUAGCUGGGCAUCUUGUAGUUCUCGCUUGCAAGCGGGUCCUUUGCCAGGCGAUUGGCCGCCUCCCCCAGGCUUCAGGCUCCGCUGCAGUAUAGGCCGCAUGGCCGGUACAUGUGCUUGUGAAUCGCUGUGGUGCAUGACCUGUACCGUUUUGUUCCUCGUGUGGUUCUAUAUCGGUUUCUGGACACCGUGGGCUGUUGGCUUAAUUCGGCUUGCCAGGAUUAUCGUUUUUGUGCCCUUCGGUGUAAGAGCUCUUAGAGAGCACGUCCAGCCAUUUUGGCUGUCAGGCCCCGCCCUCCGACAAAAAUCUUUUUGACAAAAAAUGUCAAGUCAAGUUAUGCAUAUCCCUCAAAACAAUACCUAUGUACCCUUUUGGGUAGUAACAUCAUUUUACUACCCAUCAUUUUAUAUUUUAAUGGACACUGUAGGCACCCAGACCACUUCUCAUUGAAGUGUUCUGGGUGUAGCGUCCCUGCCCACCUUAGUCCUGCAAUGUAAAUUAUGACUGCCUCUAGUGGCUGUCAAUCAGACAGCCACCCACCAGAGGCACUUCCUGCUUGCUAGGCAGCUUUUGGGCACCUAACGGAUGCUGUAUAUCCUCAGGUGCUGCAUGAGGACAUCUAGCAUCAGUAAAAUCUCCAUAGAAAAGCAUUUCAGCAAUGCAUUCCUAUGGGGAGGGCCUAAUGCGCUUACCGCAUUUGCUGGCCAUGCCCAUUAGCCCCCCAGUUUGGUGUCAUCAGAGGAGGCAGAGCACCACCCAGCGCCAAGGGAAAUUGACGCUAAAAUCAAUUGAGUACAGAAAAGAUUUCAAUGGUUAGAUUUCAGCCCCACGGCAGGGCCCUCUUUUAAUUUUGUAUUUGUCUGUGUAUAUUGUACAUUCUCCCCUAAUUGCACAGUGCUGCAGAAUAUGUCAACGCUUUACAAAUGCCAGUAAUAAAUAAUAUAUGUAUGUGAAUGGGUUGUUGAUCCAAGGAGAAAUCUGAUUGCCAUAAUGGAUUCAAGAUGGAUAUUUUCUCUUGCUGUGCCAGUUGUAAAUGACUACAAUUGUUUUUUUUUGCCUUCUUUUGGAUUAUCAGCAUAAAAGAAAAUGUUGAACUUGAUGGACUUUAGUCAUUUUUCAACCUAGAUUAUUAUGUGACUAUGUAAUGAUCACAUCUCACCUCAUGCAUCUUUUAUAUCAUGCGAUUUCUAUUUUGUCAUUAGGUUUGUUUUGAUAUAAUUUCUGUCCUAUUUCAUAAUAGUUUGUGUGCUAAAGAUUGCCUGUUCUUUCAUUGCUUGGACAAACAAAGAAACAGGGACACACACAGACAUGCACAUGUGUGCUGGGCUAGGUUCUGGUGAGACAGAGAGAGAAGUGUGACCCAUAAAAAGAAAGACAGAGCAAGAGAGAUGAUACAUAACAGUGAACCAAAGAUAAUGCAGUGGAAGUCUUUACAGUGUCAUAACGGGAAGAAUGUGCAGAUGACAUCCACCACUGUGCAGUACAUUGUUUGAAUAACGUUACCCACCUAUACCACUCGUUAUAUAAGCCGUAGAGUAGGUGACACAACAAUAACAAUUAAAAUCACAUUGCACAGUGUGGAAGUUGGGGGCCAAAAUUCAGAUUCGGAUUUGACUGAUAAAUAACUUAUUUUUUUAGCAGUUCAAUUAUUUUGUUGCAGGUACAUAUUAUAACUGAGUCUUGGGAGAUUCAUCAUGGGUAAUUUCAUGAAGGAACAACGAGUACAAAUAAUGGAAUUUUAUUUUCAAAAUGGCAGGACUAUUAUUUUGAUGGAAAGAGAUAAAUUGUGCUGAAAUGUGGUUCCAACAGGAUGGGGCUACUGACAUACAUCCAGAGCCACAAUAAGACAACUGUUCGGCAAGCAGAUAAUUUCAAGAAAUUCUCUGAUUAAAUGGCCACCACGUUCGCCAGACCUUUCAACUCCUGAUUACUUGCUGUGGGGAUAUCUGAAGGAGCUGUUGUACGUGAACAAGCAACGUAUACUUGAGCAACUCAAGGAGAAUAUCCAUGCAGAAAUUUGAGCGCUAGAGCCACAAACAUUAACUAAUAUUAUGUACAAUGCAAUAGAAGGAACACAGCUUUGACGUCAUACAGAGCUCAUUUAUAAGAUGUCAUCUUCCGUACCUAGUAUAUGUAGGUGAUGGAAGUGCACUCAAUUCUUCGUCAUUGAAUUCAGGGUGCUCUAAUGGAUAAGUCCCACUAUCAAAAAAGGACCAAAUAUAGAAUUGAAUAUAGAAAGUAAUCCAGGCACUCCAGUGAAUUCCAAAGUAGAAGCAAUUUUUUAUUGGAACAAGAAACCAAGAAGCAACGUUUCGACCCCCUUUGUCAAAGGCCCUUAGGGGUCGAAACGUUGCUUCUUGGUUUCUUGUUCCAAUAAAAAAUUGCCUCUACUUUGGAAUUCGCUGGAGUGCCUGGAUUACUUUCUAUCUUCCGUACCUAGUCAAACAAAUCUCCAUACUUUAAGCAUUCAUUGUAUAUAAUAUCAUUGAAAUUGGUUUAGUAAUAAAAAAAUGUAUUGAAACAAAUGCCAUAUAAAAAAGGAACGCUAUACCAUUUAAUAAGAUAUUUUAAGACAGCUAAUGUUUUGAAGUUUAUAACUGAUUGUGAUUUAUAGUUUAAUUCCACUCUUGAUAAUAAUACACCCUUACCUCUUAUCAUUUUACCAAACUCAUUUUAGAAUUAAAGCUCUUUGUUAUUGUUGCAAAUACUUGAUUUUUAGCACAGCUAUUGUACAGUGCUGCAGAAUUUGUUGGUGCUUUAUAAAAAAAAAUAGUAAUAAUAAUAUCUUACUGAGAAAUCUGCUUCAUGUUUUACAGUGACAAAUAAUAUCUUUAAUCAUGUGGCUCCCUCUGCUGGUGGUAGUUCUGAGUUUGAUCCUCCUGUAUAGAUGGUACAGACAGAGCCAGAUACUGCAGAAUCUCUCUGAUAAAUAUGUACUAAUCACUGGAUGCGACACUGGAUUUGGGAACCUGCUGGCAAAGCAGUUGGACCGGCGUGGGAUGCUGGUAUUGGCAGCUUGUUUGACUGAAAGAGGGGCUGAGGAUCUGAAGAAGGAGACAUCACAUAGGCUGCAGACAAUAAUCCUGGAUGUCGCUGAUAGCCAGAGUGUGAGCUCUGCUACCAAGUGGGUUUUUCACAAUGUGAAUGAUAAAGGUGAUUUUGAGAAAUAUUAAAGUACAUAAAUGUUGUUUUCUUGCAUGUCAAAUGAUCAGCACGGAUUAAUAAAAGCCAGAGUUCAUGUGGUAGGACUAAUGUAGAGAGGGCUCUGGUGUAAGGGUAGAAAAUGUAGAUCCUUGUCUGUCAUACAUCUCCCAUAAUGCAUUGCCAGCAGGGUAUCUACUAUUUGCCCCUUCUUGCAGGAUUUUAUUUGUGGGCAGUGUCUCUAUGUAAGCAUGUUUUUGUAUGGAGUAUGUGUGGACUUAGGGGUCUAUUUGUGUGUAGUGUUGGCAUAUAGUGAAUGUAGUGUGUGUGUGUGUAGUGCAAAGUGUGUUUAGUGAAUGUAGUGUGUGUGUGUGUGUGCAGUGCAGAGUGUGUUUAUCAACUGUAGUGUGUUUGUAGUGAGUGCAGAGUGUGUUUAGUGAAUGUAGUGUGUGUGUAGUGCAGAGUGUGUGCUUGUAAGGAUGCAGUGUGUGUGUAAAAAGGAGGGGGUGGCGAGUAUUUUUCUUUUAAAUCUGUUUGUGUAUGUUUACAUUUUAUUCCCCCCUCCCUGCUUCUUAGCGUGCCAGGGAGGGGCGAGAUUGCAUUGUGGAGGGAGCCAGCUGCGGUACAUGUCAGAGACGGGGCACAACAGCACACACUGUCUUCCUUUCCAGCUCCUCUCUGAUUAACUCUCGCAAGACCAGCCUGCGUGCUGUGCGGAGCAUUGCCAUGGUAACCCGUGGCAACACUCUGGCAACCACAGGGCACAGGAAAGUUAGACAGAGAGAAUCUAGAAAGGAAGACAGAAUGUGCUGCUGGGCUCCCUCUGCAAUGUACAGGUAGCAGGGAGCCCGCAGUGCACAUAUGGAAUGUGGGGCCCGGACUGCCAGAGUGGUCCGGACCCCUAGGACCGCCGGGCCCAUGACAACCGUUAUGAUUGUCAUGCCCUGAUGGCGGCCCUGCCGCUAUAUACCCUGCUAUCACAAGCUAACACUAUUUUCAAAUUUCCCUAUGUACUGUCUCACUUACACCUUUCUUUGGAUCAUAAGUCCACGUGGGCAUUUAACCAGCCCUAAGAAUCCAGAACAAAUGAACCAUGUAUGAAUUCUUUAAAAAGCCCACAUUUUAUCCAACCAGAAAAAAUAUUAAAAUAAGCAGCACAACCUCAUUUGUGUUACAUACAAUGUGGUAUUAAACGUGCAGUGUGAGACCUUACACUGACAUUAUUUUAAGCAUUUCCAUCCAGUUGCCUUUUGGAGAAGAACAUUCUUCUGAAUGUUCAGCGAAACCAAAACAUUUAGUUUUGUGCUUUAGACAACCGUUUCGCAACCUUUUACAAAGAAGUAACCCUCCAGGUCUAAAAAUGCCCAAGUAAUGCAGGCUCAGGAAAGCAAUUUUAAUUAACUUAAAUUCCAAAUGAAACAUGUGGACACUGAUAUUUAGGUUAAUUCAAUACUGGAGAACAAGCCUGAUUAAAGGUAAUAAAGAAUAGUUUAAAUUAAAUAUGAGAUAAUGUGAAUAUUGUGUUUGUGAAGAGGAGUGUAUAAACAAUGAUCCUGAAGUAUAAAAGUCACAAAAUGAAAAUAUAAUACACACAGAGGACACUGACGAACACACUUACACACAGAGGGCACUGAUACACACAUUUAUACACACACACACCCUUACACACAGAGGACACUGAUACACACAUAGGAGAUUGGCACACACAUUUACACACAGAGGACACACUCAUUGACAGGCACAGUCUCACUGAUUUGACACACACUAUCACUGAUUUGACACACACUGACAGACGCACUCACUGACACACACUCUCACUGAUUUGACAAACACUGACAGAUACAUACACAUUCUAUCAUACACACUCACAAGAUAUUUUUUUAAAGUCCAGCAGCCUCCCUAUCUUUGAGAUAACUGUAGUGAAUACUUUCCCUUGGGUCCAGUGUGAGUCUUGUAUAAUCUUCAUGCUCUUCCAGCACUGCUCACUUACGCGAUGUUUAGUGAUACAGGGGCCGUAGUGAAGUCAUAACUGGCUCUCGGCACCACCGCAGGGCACACUAGGGAGCAGUGUGGAAAGAUCAUGAAGAUUACAGUUCCCUUUCCAUCUCUUUUCUAGGGCAGAGUAGACACACCUGCUAUCUGGAUAGGCAGAUGCUGUGAGUGCUAAGGUGGUCAGCUGGCCAGCUCUUGGUGUACCCCGUGCCUUUGGUGCGUAUACUUCUUGGGGUAUACAUACAACUGGUUGAGAAACAUGGCUCUAGACAAAACCAUUGUUUUCAAUCAUCCCUAAGAAAGCCCAUUUCUAGUAAAGAUUUAGCAAUAUUUGACUUCAUAGCUAGCAGUUAUUAGUGUAUAAAUGUGAUACAAAAAGAUAACUUUUUAAAUUUUUUCUUGAAAGGUCUUUGGGGCCUAGUGAAUAAUGCUGGGAUCACAAGACCUGCAGCCCCAAAUGAAUGGCUGACAGUGGAGGAUUUUGUUAAAGUACUGAAUGUGAAUCUCCUGGGGACGAUCAAUAUGACACUCAGUCUUCUGCCGCUCAUUAAAACAUCGAGGGGACGUAUUGUUAAUGUGUCCAGUGUCAUGGGUAGACUGGCUUUUGCAGGUGGUGGAUACACGAUUUCCAAGCAUGCUAUAGAAGCCUUCUCUGACUCCUUAAGGUAACAUUAACAAAAUUAUUUAUUUUAAUGAUAAUUACGCAAAGAUGAUCUUUGGCAAUAUUGAUUGAAACAUAGAUGUUAAUAAACAAAAGAAGAAGUAAUAAGUUGGCCCAUUUAGCUACAUUGCAUCAUAGAACAAUUACCGAUACGCUGCAGAGUCAGGCUUACUGACUUUCAUUUGGGGUCAUAGAAGAGACCAUUGCCUCUGUAUGGUGGGAUAGUUAAUUUAUUUGACAGCUGAAAUUACAGGAAAGAAGUUACUCAAAACAGGUCUGUCAUCCCCCAAAAUAUGUCCUAAGGUCUGAGUUGGAAGUUCAUUGAUAUUCCAAUUCAUAAGAUAAAGCAGGGACACCUUGUUUUAUGGUAAAAUCGUGCCAUAAAAAAAUGGUGGAGCUACUACUGUCAUGUUUUGUUACUUCUCCCAGCCGCCUCUUGAACACUGACAUGGUGGGAAAGAAGUUGCGGGAAAUCUGUGAUUCUCUCUCACUAGCUCCUCUCUUGGCAUAUCGUUAAUUGGAGAGGGCCUGGAUUAUUUGUGACAGCAGCAUAUAGCAGCUCUAGCCUGGAAGCAUAACUCCUUAUUAUACCCAUGAUAUGAUAUAUAAUUUUUCUUUUUCAGGCGUGAAGUUCAGCCAUUUGGUGUCAAAGUUUCUAUCAUUGAACCUGGGUCCUACACGACCCCAGCUACAGAUAUGCAGGCCACACUACAAAGUAUUCAUGACGUUUGGAGAAGAGUUCCUCAGUCAGUCCAAGAAAGCUAUGGACAACAGUAUUUCCUUGACUGUGAGUAAAUAAAAAAAAAAAAAAGGAAGUGUUUUAUUUGUUCACUUCAGUUAUUAAUGGUUGAGGUCAUUUGUUUGAUUCCUCUGAAGGAUUAUUGGGAAAAUAAAUAAAAAUAUAAAGUAGAGAUAAUCUUUCUCUCUUCCAUACUGAGAUAGCAGGGUAUAGAAGUGAAAAAUGCAUUAUUGGGAAUCCAUAUCAAGUCUUGGUCAUGUUGGUGCAUGAUGGGCUGUUUGAGCCAUGCACAGAAAGUACAAUGACAUCCAAGUAGCCUUUACUUGCAAGUGUGCACCCAACACAGUGCCACCAAGACCUUUGUGACUUGAGUUAGCAUUCCAUGUGUACCACCACUGAAUGUUAAGCUUAGACAUAAUUGAUAUAACAUAACUUCCAAUAUUGGAAGGCAUGAAGUAAGUACAGGCCUUUUGGAGGCAUUGUUUGUCACUGGCAAUGCCCAUAAGGGACAGGCUCCCCCAGAAAGUUGAUGUGUCCACAGCAAGCCCACCUAUUGAAUGGGCAUGUCACCCUUUCAUCAUGCACACCAGGCUGAUAGACAGCCUCCCAGCCAACCUCCAACCUAUAUGACCAUGAAGAGAGCUGCUGAAGCAUACGAUGUCAGUGCCUGCUGCAGCGUGUCUAAUGAUGCAAUCAUGCUCUGCUCCCCGUGGACAGUUCCCUAGUUUUCCCAAAUGCACGGCUCCAGCAAACUAAAUCGGGAUGGUGGGAGAGCAUGCUAAAAUUUGGGAGACCUGAUAUAGCCAGCUUAUACUGCAAACCUUUAAACUAGAGUUGAGCGAACCUGGACUGUAAAGUUCGGGUUCGUACCGAACAUUACGUUUUUUGGACCCUGGACCCGAACACGGACAUAUCAGUGUAUGUUCGGGUUGGAGUUCGGUGUUUGGUGAUUUAAUGGCGUGUUUUGAAAGGCUGCAGGGCAGCCAAUCAACAAGCGUUUGACUCGUGUGCCCUUAGAAACCAUCACAGCCAUGCCUAUUAAUGGCAUGCCUGUGAUUGGCCAGUGCAGCAUGUGACCCAGCCUCUAUAUAUAAGCUGGAAUCACGUAGCGCCGCACGUCACAUGAGCUCUUAUUAGUGUAGGGAGAAGAUGCUGCCGCUUUCAGGGACAGAUUAGGAAAGAAUUCUGCAAACUAGUACAUUAGUGGGGUGCACUUCAUAUCUGAGAGUCAAAUAGAAACGUCAAAUACUGUGGUUACAUCGGAGUUUUAAAAAGUCUAACUUUUUGGUGCUAAAUAGUACAUUUGGGGUGUGCACUUCAUAUCUGAGAGUCAAAUACUGCUGUCACAUUGCAGUUUUAAAACUUAAAAUUUUUUGGGUGCUAAAAAGUACAUUAGUGGGGUGCACUUCAUAUCUGAGAGUCAAAUAGAAGCAUCAAAUACUGUGGUUAAAGCCCAGUUGUAAAAAUUCUAAUUUUUUUUGGUGCUAAACUGCUAAAUAGUAAAUUUGGGGCAUGCUCUUCAUAUCUGAGAGUCAAAUUAAGUGUUUACAGCACACUUUGACAAAUUCCCUUUUUUUUGCUCCUAAGAAGUACAUUUGGGACGUGCUCUUCAUAUCUGAGAGUCAAAUAGAAGUGUCAUAUACUGUGGUAACAGCCCAGUUGUAAAAAUUCUAAUUGUUUUGGUGCUAAACUGCUACAUUUGGGGCAUGCUCUUCAUAUUUUUGAGAGAGUCAAAUCGAAGCGUCAAAUACUGCGGUUACAGCGCAAUUGUAAACAUUCUUAUUUUCUGGGUUGCAAUCUGCUAAAUAGUACAUUAGUGGGGUGCUCUUCAUAUCUGAGAGUCAAAUAGAAGCGUCAAAUACUGCGGUUACAGCGCAAUUAUAAAAAUUCUGAGAGUCAAAUAGAAGUGUCAAAUACUGUGGUUACAGCGCAGUUGUAAAAAUUCUAAUUGUUUUGGUGCUAAACUGCUAAAUUUGGGGCAUGCUCUUCGUGUGUUUAAAGCGCACUUUGACAAAUUCCCAUUUUUUUGCUCCUAAGAAGUACAUUUGGGACGUGCUCCUUCAUAUCUGAGAGUCAAAUAGAAGUGUCAAAUACUGUGGUUACAGCGCAGUUGUAAAAAUUCUAAUUGUUUUGGUGCUAAACUGCUAAAUAGUAAAUUUGGGGUCUGCUCUUCAUAUAUGACAGUCAAAUAGAACUGUCAAAUACUGCACACUUUGAAAAAUUCUAAUUGUUUUGGGUGAUAAAAAGUAAAUUUGGGGUGUGCACUUCAUAUCUGACAGUCAAACAGAACCGUCAAACACUGUGCUUACAGCACACUUUGAAAAAUUCUAAUUGUUUUGGGUGCUAAAUAGUACAUUUGCGGCCUGCACUUCAUAUCUGACAGUCAAAUAGAACCAUCAAAUAGCAAUAUAACGUUAUUGUAAUUCGGGGGCAAUACCCUCACAAGUCAAACUGAGAGGUCAGUUUAUAGGGAAAACUAAAUUUCAAGAAGUGGAGCGAUAUUUAGAUGAUCAGCCCCUUCCCACAUGCAGCCAAAAUAAGGAAAUGAAGGAAUAAAUAUACUUAUACUUCUUAAUGAGUAGUAGUCACACGCUCAAAAUCAGGUGUUGCAUAUGAAAAAAAGAAUUACAAAUAGUAAUAGUGCAAAUCUCUAUAUAUAAUAUAUAAAUUGCACUUUUAUAUGUAGUGCUACUUAACAUAUAUAUUAUAUUGUAUACUUAAUGAGUUUAGUAAUUGAACAAACAUUUAUUCACAAUAAAACAUUAAAAAUACAGAAUACAAAAACAAUCAAAUUUGAAUAAAAAAUGGUAAACAGAUAACUACUUACUAGAAUUGAUGGUGAGUACAGCGGUAUAUUUUCCCGUGUCUCACAAGCACGCUUUCCCACACUGGGAGAUGUCUCUUUAGUUAAAUCAGGUGAGGUCCCGGUAUCUAUAAUAAGGAUUGCGAGUUCAUCCACUGUGGUACAAUCACCAUUCGUCAGGACGUAAUGAGGCUUUCUUCCUCCGUGCUGCCAGAAGCUUUUAAAGGGCAGAAUGUCUCUCUAAUUGAUGCUAUUCACAUUCUACAUAUAGCAAAAACAUGCACGGGCAAUCAGCUCUAAAGUAGUUUAAUUAAGCGGGCAAUUUCAGUUGUUGAUAAAGGCAGUUUUGUUGCAAAAGCCAACUUUAGCAAUCCAUAACACCAUCAUAAACCUUAUGCAAACACUAACUUAUUUUAACAAAUUUAUACAUUAUAAAAAUAUAUUAUAAAUAUCAUUAUUAAAUCAACAAUAUAUAUACACAUAUAGUUUAAAAUAGAACAUGAUGAGAAUAUAUAUUAUAGUUGCAAAAUUGGAACAUAAUAAAGAUACACAGUAUAAAUACCUAAUUCUGUAGAGAUAGGGAAAAAACACAAAAAUUUCAAUAGCAUUCUAGCAGAGGUAUAUUGCCACUUAUAAAAAAGUAUUGCAAACUUUCUCCAUUAUCCAUGCAGUUUAAAGUGAUAGUGCAAAUGUGUAUGAAGACACAAGAAAGUAUUUUGUGCAAGAUCCCAUAGAGCAAAUUACAUAAAAUCAAAUCAAAUUAGGUUGAACUAAAUUCAGAAUAGAGGUGGAUACUUGUUACAUUCCCUCUAUUGUUUCAAAUAUUGCAUACUUUAAUUUAAUUUAAAAAAAAUGACAGAUUUCAAAAUCAUUUAAUUUUACGUGUUUAUAGGGAAAACUGUUGCCUAGAUACAAUUGUAAAACAAUUCCCAUUUGUCCUUUGCAGAAUUUACAUGCUGGAAAAACACAGGUGCCAACUGCUGUGGCUUUCUGCAGUGUGCAGACCGGCAAAGAGGGCAGGGUUGAGGAUUGGGUGGAAGAUGAUGUGGAGGAUGAUGAGGUCCUAGACCCCACAUGGAAUCAAGGUCAUGCGAGUGACGUGUGCAGUUUGGAGGAGGAGGUGCUGGUCGAACAGAGGCACCAGCACAGCAUAAGAGGGAGCAGGGUGCAAAAGUGGAGCGGCCAUCCCCUAGCGCUCGUCGGCAUGUAUUAUCUUUAGAAUUCCCACAGUUAUCGCAGUCCGGUGACCGGGAUUCAGACACUGUCUGGGCGGCGGUCGGACAACUGGGACCCAGUAUGCCUGAUGUUGAAGUUAGGAGUCACAAUGUGUAAUGGAUUAGCAGGGUCUGGUGCAGGGUAACCGCACGCCGCCUGGUGUUGAGCACCAGCGUUUGUGCGGCCACAUACCAGGACCCUGAUGCAGCUUCAGUAAAAAGAGAACUGGAUACCAGAAGCCAUCACCAGACUGAUCUGCAACUUGGAACAGGAUCUCACCCUGCUGCUGCUCGCCUGUCUGCGCUGCAGCAUAACUUUGGCCUUCCCGCUCACCGUCUCAUAUGCGACAUGCCCACAACUCCACCUUGCACAUGCUGAAGAGACUGCGAGCAGCAGCAGGCGAUAGUGGAGUUUCAGCUGCAGAACGCACGGGUCAGUCGCUCUGUGGAACAGCACCACUUCACCACCAAUAAGUGUGCCAUGUUGCGCUGUUUUGAGUACUCUACAAACAUGGCCAGUCCCGAUGACGCCGUUCUCAGCCUUACUUUCCUGCUUCUAUGUCUCCUUGAAAAGACGCUUUGGGCGAUGAUGGAAGAGGAUGUGGCACAGGAGGAAUAGGGGGAGGAAGAGAGGUCAUUUCCACGGUUAUCAGGCCAGUCAUUCACAAGUGGCUCGGAGGGUGGAUUCCUGCACCAGCAUAGGCCAGGUACACAAUUGUCCAGCAUCACCACACUGUCCCAUGGAAGCGUUCAGCUGUCCAUCUCCCAAACACUGGAGAGAAAGAGGAAGUACCCCCCUAGCCACCCGCGAUCCCUGGCCCUGAAUGCCAGCAUUUCAAAAUUUGUGGCCUUUGAAAUGCUGUCAUUCCGUCUGGUGGAGACGGACAGUUUUAAAAACCUGAUGGCGUUAUUGGACUGCAAGAAAUGCACCGCAGGCUGCAAAUGUUUCUUUUUUUAUAUGUCCAAAUAUUUUGGGGGCUUCCCCAAUAAAAAACAAACAAACAAAUAAAAAACAGUGUUGGCUACCUCCUCCUCCUCCACCGCCGCUUCCACAACCUACCUCCUCCUCCACCGCCGCCACUUUCACCGCCUCGUCAACCUAUGGGUCACUUAGUAUAAACUAUGUACACAAUAGCAGAGGCUUGUGAAGGCCUUUUUCUCCAUGCAUCAGGAGUUGAGCUCAGUUUGAACAAUGAAAGAAUACCCUGCACUCCUACCCUCUCUCAAAUGGAUAAGUCUGGUGAUCCUCCUGACAGCCAUGCUUUAGAUUUUGAUUUAUGUUCUUCCAAAGCUAAAAUCAAAAAUGUCAUCUAGUGCUAUUUUAUGGCUCAGCUGUAUUUUUAAUUUUUAGGUAUUUUAUGUUAUUUUAAGUGAUUUCCCUAUCCACAUCUGUUUGCAGGGCACUUGUCCUACUCUUACCCCCAUAUUACUUACUUUUGCAGCCCUCUACCCCUUUCCAGGACUUUUUUAGAGGCAUUUUUGUGCCCAAAAGUUGGGGUCCCCAUUGACUUCAAUGGGGUUUGGGUUCAGGGUCAAGUUAGAGCCUUUUUUUCAAAGUUCGGGCGAACCCGCCGGACCCGAACAUCCAGGUGUCCGCUCAACUCUACUUUAAACCACUUCCUCAAACUCUCUUUCAUACUUCAACAGAAAUCAAGUCUUUGACAGAUGGAAGGGUGCAACUUGGCACCUUUAUAAGACAGCCAAGAGGGUUAUCGUCUUAAUUGUUUUGUGCCCCAUCACAAAGCAGAUGACAAUGCAUAUCAUAGCGGAGCAUUAAUUUAAAUGCUUCUUUAUGAGAAGCCUUGAAGGUACAGCUAAUGCUAUGCAUGCACCCUGUUUUCCAGUGCUCUGCACUGGCCAGUGUAUCAUCAUUAUUGGUGAUCUUCCAGAGGCAUAGCAGAGCUGUGGUGAGGGACCCUCAUGCCUCUCAAUUAUAGGUAAGUUAACCCUCUUUUUACAGGGAAAGGAGAGACAAAGGGGUGUGGGAGAUUUACCAACACUCUAGUGUUAUAAAUAUAUGUUCAUGUAAUUAUUUUUAUGAUGUUAAUAAAUAUUAUACAUUUUCUUUUUUCAUAGAUUGCAAAUUCAUCCAGUUCAGGAUAACUAAGUGCAAUCCCCAUCUAAACCAGGUUACAGACUGCAUGCAGCAUGCCCUAAUGGCUGUCUAUCCGUGGACUCGCUAUUCUACUGGCUGGAAGUCUAAGCUCUUCUUUAUUCCUGUGUCAUAUCUACCCACGUUUGUAUCUGACUAUCUGCUAACUUAUUCUUUCCCAAAGCCACCUUCCAACAGAACUUCAGAAAUAAAUCAUUGACAAAAAUCAGAAUGCAAUAUACUGCUGUUGAAAGUAACAAUUAAGAUUAUUCUAAUUUUAAUGCCAGUGGUCGUAUAUUUCAAGCAGCAAUGUUUAUUUGUUAGUUGAGCUCUAAAUAUUUUAACAAAAAAGGCUAACAAAAUUACAUUUACUAAACAAAACAAUAUGCGUGUGUUCUUUGACAUGAUUAAAUGUUUUUUGUUUUUUUUAGGAUAUUAUUUAUCGGAUUCUAUAUAUAAGUAGUAUCUUAUGUCCCCUUUCAAUAAUUCAAUAUUGACAUUACAUUUCUUAUAAAUUUUAGGGCACUACAUUAGUAAUUAUACAGUCAGAAGUACAUUAGAAUCAAGUAGAAUCAGAUUAGAUUAAUAGUGGCAAUAAAGAUAAUGAUAAAUUGAAGUAAGGGAAAUGUGAAUGCAUGGAUAGGAAGUUAUGAAAUGUUGAAUGCAAAUUAAUAAAGCUGGAUGAGAACUGGUAAGAACUAGCUAGAACAUUGCCAUUUGGUUUCAACAUAAGAAGGAUAAUUGAGCUAUGGAGGACCAAGGAAUGUGUUCAUGAAUAAAUAGCUUUUCAGAUGUGAUGAAUUAUUAGACUGUGCACAGAGGAAACAUUUGUUUCAGAUGAAUCACUUCUGCAGAAAAUCAAAACAUUUUCAGGAUAGCCGAAUUUUGAUCAUAUUUUGGCUCGGCUGAAUUUCAUUAGCAAAGAAAGAUUAAGGAAAACAAAUCAGAUAUACCUACAGGCAUGCAAAUGGGCCAAUGAGUGUACCGUAAAAUAUAUACAAUAUAUUUUAUUUAUUAUAUAACUAUAUAUAUAUAUAUAUGUAUAUAUAUUUAUUUUUUUUCAAUUAAAAUAUAUGUAAUAAAAAUACACUGCUCAAAAAAAUAAAGGGAACACUUAAACAACACAACGUAACUCCAAGUCAAUCACACUUCUGUGAAAUCAAACUGUCCACUUAGGAAGCAACACUGAGUGACAAUCAAUUUCACAUGCUGUUGUGCAAAUGGGAUAGACAACAGGUGGAAAUUAUAGGCAAUUAGCAAGACACCCCCAAUAAAGGAGUGGUUCUGCAGGUGGUGACCACAGACCACUUCUCAGUUCCUAUGCUUCCUGGCUGAUGUUUUGGUCACUUUUGAAUGCUGGCAGUGCUUUCACUCUAGUGGUAGCAUGAGAUGGAGUCUGCAACCCACACAAGUGGCUCAGGUAGUGCAGCUCAUCCAGGAUGGCACAUCAAUGCGAGCUGUGGCAAGAAGGUUUGCUGUGUCUGUCAGCAUAGUGUCCAGAGCAUGGAGGCGCUACCAGGAGACAGGCCAGUACAUCAGGAGACGUGAAGGAGGCCGUAGGAGGGCAACAACCCAGCAGCAGGACCACUACCUGCGCCUUUGUGCAAGGAGGAACAGGAAGAGCACUGCCAGAGUCCUGCAAAAUGACCUCCAGCAGGCCACAAAUGUGCAUGUGUCUGCUCAAAUGGUCAGAAACAGACUCCAUGAGGGUAGUAUGAGGGCCCGACGUCCACAGGUGGGGGUUGUGCUUACAGCCCAACACCGUGCAGGACGUUCAGGGCCGUCUUUAACACGGGGCAAACGGGGCAACUGCCCCGGGCCCAGUUACUCCUUGGGGGCCCAAAGCAGCUGCCCUAUUUGCCCCGCCGCCCAUAGCCUGCAUAAGAAAAAUCCCCCCCCCCAUGGGCCCGCGGUGCUGGUACUGCGGCUGCACCGGGGCCCAUACUCUAAGGAGGCUCACCGGGUGGCCAAUACAUUUAGGGCCACCCGGUGAGCACGUUUCAGCAGGGGCCCGGUCGGGUGCUGUGACCCUUUAACAGCACGACCGGGCCCCUUGCUUUACAGCAGCACUGGGAGGAAGUGACGUCCGCAAGUCACUUCCUCCCUCAGAGAUGAUGAGCCGCGCGGGAGGGAGCCUGUGCCAGGACGCAGUGAGGAGGCGGACUGAGCAAAGAGACCAAGUCCCCAACUCCCAACCACCCAAGCCAGCACACUGGACCCCAGGGAAGGUAGGAAACUGGAGGGGGGCUUUAAUGUUUGCAUAGGUGUAUUUCAGUAUGUCUGUGGGUCAGUAUGUCUGUGUGUGUGUCUGUCAGUAGGUCUAUGUGUGUCAGAAGGUCUGACUGUGUGCCAGUAUGUCUGUGUGCCAGUGUGUGUCUGUCAGUAGGUCUGACUGUGUGUAUGUCAGUGUGUCUGUGUGCCAGUAUGUCUGUGUGUCUGUGUGCCAGUAUGUCUACCUGGGUGUGCCACUAUGUCUGUCUGUGUGUGCCACUAUGUCUGUGUGUGUGUGCCACUAUGUCUGUGUGUGUGUGUCAGUAUGUGUCUGUGUAUGCCAGUAUGUCUGUCUGGGUGUGUGUCAGUAUGUCUGUCUGGGUGUGUGUCAGUAUGUCUGUGUGCCAGUAUGUCUGUCUGUGUGUGCCACUAUGUCUGUGUGUGUGUGUCAGUAUGUGUCUGUGUAUGCCAGUAUGUCUGUCUGGGUGUGUGUCAGUAUGUCUGUGUGUGUGUCAGUAUGUCUGUGUGUGUGUCUGUCAGUAGGUCUGUGUGUGUGUCUGUCAGUAGGUCUGUGUGUCUGUCAGUAGGUCUAUGUGUGUGUGUGUGUGUCUGUCAGUAGGUCUGUGUGUGUGUCUGUCAGUAGGUCUGUGUGUGUAUGUGUGUCUGUCAGUAGGUCUGUGUGUGUGUAGUAUGUCUGUGUGUGUCUGUCAGUAGGUCCCUGUCUGUCAGUAGGUCUGGCUGUGUGUGUGUCAGUAUGUCUGUGUACCAGUAUGUCUGUCUGUGUGUGCCAUAAAUAUAUAUAUAUCGAUAUAUGUGUGUGUGUAUAUGUGCAUACAUCUCAGCAUUCACACACUAACAUCACAUACAAAUACACACUGGCAUUCAAACUCCAAAACACACGUCUGAGUUACACACCAAAAUUAUAUGUAAACACACCCCUGCAUUCAAAAACCAACACUACACAUAAAUACAUGCUUGCACGUACGCCAACACCACAUACAAACAUAUUCCAUACAAAAACCUGCUAACAUUCAAACACACAACAGCUUAGUGCUAAAUACAAACCUUCAAACAUGGGUAAAUGGAAGAGCCCCAGCUGUCAGUGCAUUGCUGGAGUUGCACGACAGAUGGGGAUCUACCUUCUAAUCACCCGUGCGAUAGGGAGGCUCAAAAAAAUUCUUGCACCUCUCUACUUUAGGUCUGCCACUUCGUUAGGGUGGAGGACGUGAUUGCACGCCUAGUGAGGGGGGACAGGUUCCAGGGGCCCAAGCAAAUGCUUUGCCCAGGGCCCAAUCAAUAUUAAAGACGGCCCUGAGGACGUUAGGCAUUUGCCAGAGAACACCAAGAUUGGCAAAUUCGCCACUGGUACCCUUUGCUCUUCACAGAUGAAAGCAGGUUCACACUGAGCACAUGUGACAGACCGGACAGAGUCUGGAGAGGCCGUGGAGAACGUUCUGCUGCCUGCAACAUCCUCCAACAUGACCGGUUUGGCAGUGAGUCAGUAAUGGUGUGGGGUGGCAUUUCUUUGGGGGGCUGCACAGCCCUCCAUGUGCUCGCAAGAGGUAGCCUGACUGCCAUUAGGUACCGAGAUGAGAUCCUCAGACCUCUUGUGCUUGUGAGACCAUAUGCUGAUGCGGUGGCCCUGGGUUCCUCUAAUGCAAGACAAUGCUAGACCUCAUGUGGCUGGAGUGUGUCAGCAGUCCCUGCAAAACGAAGGCAUUGAUGCUAUGGACUGGCCCGCCCGUUCCCGAGACCUGAAUCCAAUUGAGCACAUCUGGGACAUCAUGUCUCGCUCCAUCCACCAACGUCACGUUGCACCACAGACUAUCCAGGAGUUGGCAGAUGCUUUAGUCCAGGUCUGGGAGGAGAUACCUCAGGAGACCAUCCACCACCUCAUCAGGAGCAUGCACAGGCAUUGUAAGGAGGUCAUACAGGCACGUGGAGGCCACACACACUACUGAGCCUCAUUUUGACUUAUUUUAAGGACAUCACAUCAAAGCUGGAUCAGCCUGUAGUGUGUUUUUCCACUUUAAUUUUGAGUGUGACUCCAAAUACAGACCUUCGUGGGUUGAAAAAUUUGAUUUCCAUUUUUUUUAUUUUUGUGUGAUUUUGUUGUCAGCACAUUCAACUAUGUAAGGAACAAAGUAUUUCAGAAGAAUAUUUAAUUCAUUCAGAUCUAGGAUGUGUUAUUUUUGUGUUCCCCUUAUUUUUUUGAGCAGUGUAUAAAACAGCUUUUUACUACUCGCAUUUGAUUCCCUCUGUUGGUUUGGUUACUUCUUCACAUCUGUGAAUAAAAUCAUAAUUUAUGGACUGUGUGAUUCAAAAUCACAAAUCAAAACUUAGCUUGACCAUUGCGCAUCUUAUUUUUGUAAUGAUUCGACUAUAUUUCAGCAUCGAGUUCAGGUAUUGUACAGGAAAGUCUACCCCUCAACCUUUUCUCCCUGACAUCCCUCACCCUGCAGUGAGUAGGAAUGACAUCAGAGGAAGAUGAUCUGGCUCAUGGGCUGCUUACCUCAAACACUGGUAUUUAAGUAUGUUUUAGCAUUAUUUUUAUAAAGUUUGGGGAACCAGGAUAGAAAGUAAUUAUUUAAGUUUAGUAUUUAAAUUCAGCAUAAACACUUUGCAGUUACUAUAACAAUUGCUAUAGAUGUUACUAUACAGACUACACACUAGGUGUCACCCUAACAGUAAAACAAUUAUCAGAAAUAAAUCUGUUCAUCCUUUACUGAACUGUUUGUUCAAUAAGGAUUGUAAAAAUUACAUGGACAUUUAAGAGUUAAUCACAUGUGUUACAUGUUGGUUUGCAGUGAUGUUUUCACUUAUUGUAUACUUUGUUCAAAUAUGUGUGAUACUAUAAUGAUACAAUAAAAGAUUUUUGAUAUUUUGUUUUUUUCUUCCCUAUAUUUAGCAGUUAUGUAUUUGUGAUGGCUGAAAAGGAAAUUAAAUAUCCACACCUCUUUAUCCUGCAACUGGGGAACUUAGCUCCCUGUCAAUCACAAGACCAAUACCCAUUUAGAGAAUGUAACAUGGCAGAAGAGCACAAACUGAAACAAUCAGGGUUAUUCACCAAAGGGAAAGUCAAAUUUAAGACCAAAGUAGGUGAAUUGGAAGCAUCCCUGACUUAGAGAAUGUUUCCAGUUCGGCAAUUUUUUACGUUUAAUUUCAAAUUUACUUUUAAUUUUCUUUGACUUCUAACUAUAAUGAAUAACCGUGAAUGUUUCUGUUUUUCCCCUCACUGUUGGUCUUGGCAAUCAUGGACUGACCUGUAUUAUGAUAAAACAACAUUAAAGCAAUAAAUAUCAAGCGGUGUAGGUAGAGUGUAGUUACGACGGUCUAAUACCCAGAUCCAGUAAAAGCAAUUCACAGUCAACACAUAAAUAUUCCCAACUUUCCUCUCAAACACCUUCAGGUACUAAUACCAAAAACAUUGGUAGUUGAGAACACAACUCAUGUCAGUCUCAGCUUGAUCAACAUAGUAAAACUUCCUAAAAGACUGAUAGUAAUAUCCAGUAGGUUGGAACCAAGUUAGAAAUCAUUUUUUUAAAUUAAAUGAUUAGUGUUUUAUUCAAUGGUGUAAUUCCAAGAAAAAUAUAGUACAGCUUUAAAUCAAAUAGAAAAACACUGUCAAGUACAUUUAUAAAGUAAACAUCACAGGUGUAUGUAAACCACCUAUAUGCUCACAUACAAACUUGACAUUGCAAGCAUAAAUAAAUAAAUAUUUCAAUGUAUUUCAGAUAUAUAAAACUGUCUCCUCAUGUUUUUUCUCAGUUAGUCGCAACAAAAGUAAAAGCACAAUUGUUCUAAAUUAAAUUUCUUAAUUUUUCAACUUGAUAAUAAUUCAGGCCAAAUUUACAAUCCCCUACUACAAAGUAGUUCAAAGUGAAUUUCAAAAUCAAGGUAAAAAUAUCCAAACUGGAAACAUCCUCCAAAUCUGAUAAACUUCUAGUUCAGUUACUUUGGUCUUAAAUUUAGAAUUCACUUUAUCUGAAAAGGCAGUGUGUUUACAUUAAAAAGCCUGCAGGGACAGGCUAUAGACACCAGAACCACUAAGAACCAUUAAGCUGUAGUGCUUCUAGUGACUAUAGUGUCCCUUUAAUGAAAGGUAAAUAAGAGAUUAGUGCCACUAAUAAUAUACUGGAUUUUCUACUUACCAUCAGAUGAGGACAAGAGGAUGAUGAUGGGCUCUUUACCUAUGAGACUACAGAGGAGACUGGAUAUGGCGGCCUGGGCGGGGGUGCACCAAAAAACUACUAGCUUCAGAAAUAAUACCAUAGGCUGCUGUUACAUUGUUUAAAAAAAAAUAUCCCUUUAACCGCUCCUCCUUUCUUACUGUUAAAAUAUGCAAACCUACCAAACCACCCAUCAGACUGAAAUCUUAUAAUAUCUCCACAGAGACUAUUCUUAUACACUUAGAGUUAGAAUCCUUCCAGAGGUGAGUGUUAUUUGCCAUUUUUUAAUGUACUUAUAUUUUUUAAUGUACUUAUACUAGAAAAUGGACAGAGUCACUAUUAUUUCAAACCGCACAAACACAUUAAAUUGCAAAAAUAAUUAAAACUAGAAACAAUCUAUAGUUUUUUUUUUUUUUAUCUAUCGGUUAUGACCCUUAAUUCUAAAAUUCUGUUUCUGUAGGUAAGUGCUUGUUUUAGAAUUUUGACUCACAUUUGAAAGAAUUUUAUGCAACUUUUUUAAGUAUUCAGAGUAUUUCACAAUAUGUGUGUAGAACUAUGAUAUAUUUUAUAACUUAAAAGUUAGUUUCCUAUUUUUUAAUACAUAGCAAACUCUUUUUUUAAUUUUUAAAGAAAAAUACAUUAUUAUUUCAUACUUUUGUUUUGAUUUUUUUGGGGGGGAGAAAUAUUCCAUAUACACAGACCAGAACACAGAGAAGAACUAAGAUCCGACAUGGCCCCAACCCAGCCUGUGGGAUCUAUCAUUUAAAGCACUUUUGUACAAAGUACACAGACACAGUAUACAUAUACUUCUACACAUACACAAUACAUUAGCACCCAUACAGAUUUAGAACACUCUCACCCAGAACUGACAUAUUGCACUAUUAUCUGUAUAUACUGUUUUGUGUUUAAAGGUCCUGUCUUUGACAGUUAAUGAGUGUAUGUAUAUAUAAGAUUAUAUACUAAUUCUGCACUUUAAAUAUUAUUUUUUUUAUCUGUGUGGUUGUUUUGGCGUAGUAGAUCAUUCCUGUUUUUUCACAAUUUGCACACUUUGCAAGGUUUGGGAAUUCUUGCGCAUCUACUGCAGCCAGGGCUGGCCUUAGGGUUGUGCGAGCUGUGCGGUAACUCAGGGCACAAUGCCUGCAGGGGGCGCCAUGCUGCCGAAAUGCCCUAGAUUUCAUUCUGAUGGGUGGAGUUAUUAGGUGGUUUAAAUAUUUUAACAGUAAGAAAGGAGGAGCGGCGUAUAUAGAGCACCCCUAUACUGCAUGUCUGCACACCCGGGUGGAGAACUUCAUUAUUCUCCACCCUGGACUAUAAAAAAAACCUAAUCAACUAAGGCAGCAGGGGAGGAGCUUCAUGCACAGUGGGAGAGGAGCUUAAUGAGAUACAGAGGCCGGGCAAAAAGAGCAGCAAGGCGGAGAUAAAAGUACUUGCUGCCUUUAACACCUGCACACAAAGUGGAAGCAGUAAGGGGAGCCUGCUUCCACAAUGACUAGGUACCAGGAACUGCAGUGCCUUCCCUCCUCACUCCAGUCCAUAAUGGCAAAAGGUAAGUGUGUAUGUGUGUGUGACUGUCUGUAGCAGUGUUAUACUGUAUACUGUAUAUAAGACUGAGUGUGACUGUAUGCCUGUAACUGUGUGUAUGUGUGUGACUGUCUGCAACUGUGUAUGUGUAUCCAUCUGCCUGUAACAGUGUGUGUGUGUGACUGUGUCUAUAACUGUUUGUGUGUAACUGUCUGCCUGUAACUGUGUGUGUGUGAGACAGAUUACCAGCACACUGGACCACCAGAGAUCAGCAUGUUUCCCUAUCAGCAAGGUAGCAACAGGGAAGGAGGAAUUAAUAUUUGUUUUGAAAUAAUAAUUAAGUUAAUAAAUCCACUAUAGAAACUCUACACCCCUAUACACACACACACUAUACAUGAUGAAAAGGUAUGAAAAUUUCUCGCAGAGGGCGCCUUUUGGCCUAAGGCCGGCCCUGACUGCAGCCCAUUCUUAUUGAUUGAUUAUAGUGAGCGCCUACACCUUUUUAUUUAUACAUACACACUAUUACAAAAUGACCUACACAUGCAUAUACAUACACAAACAAACACGUACAACAAUUAUCAUCAUAUUGAAGCAAUUAAUUUCUUUUUGUUGUUGUUGAAGACCUUUUUUUUGGUUGUUGCAAGGGGUGGUUUAGAUGAGUGAGGAUUCUUGAGAAUUCUGUGCCUACAGGUGCUUAUGAUGUAAAUUCGGCCUUGGGUGGACUGGGCUAAGUGGGAAGAUGCCAAUUAUCCCCCAUACCAGCAUUAUAAAAACCAAAGCUAUGAUUCUAGGAAGGGUUUUGUGACGGAACGCUGGCACUCCGACCGAGUACCUCCGCCAAUCGAUGCUCUUAGUGCUUGCCGAGGACUCCAAGCGACACCAUAAGCAUUGCAGAUCCCACAUCCAUGCAGCCUCGCCAGGGUCUCGCCAUCCUUCACCCAUCCAGCUUCCAGUGGGCAGACCUAAAAUGAAGUAGCUGCAUUAUGUUAAAAUGUAACUCCUUUACAAUAGAUGUUUUUUUGUUUGUUUUUUUACUAACUUAUGACAGAUUCUCCUUUAAACAAACACACUCUCUUACAUUAGAGACAUUACAUUGCCAAGGUAUAUAUUCAUUUACUUACUACGUUCUCAUUGCAGAAGGGAGAUGCGUGACUUUGGGGUCAAAGUUUCCAUCAUAGAGCCUGGUGUUUUCAGAACUCCAAUGUGUAUGAUUGAUCCAGUGAUGAAGAACCUGAAAAGUUAUUGGGAGAAAGUUCCUGCGGAGAUAAAGGAGUCAUAUGGAGAGCAGUAUUUCCAGCAAUGUAAGACUGUAUGCUCGUUUUAAUAAUAUCUGGAUAUGGAAACAUUUUCUUAUCAAUUUUCUCUAAUUAAGGGGAAACAAGCACUGAAUGGAGGUUAUGCACGACAAAUACUACGCUGUGCUAAUCAGGUAUCUAUAAUCAAAAAUUUUAGAAAACAGCAUUAAAGGAACACUAUAGGGUCAGGAACACAAACAUGUAUUCCUGACCCUAUAGUGUUAAAACCACCAUCUAGUCCCUCUGGGCCACUCAUUCCUCCCUAAAUAUAGUAAAAUCUUACUUGUAUUCAAGUCUGAAGCUGUUGCUCUGCAUGCUGUUUGCCUCUGAAUAGCAAGCUGGAUGCUGAUAUCAUCAGAAGUGGUGGCCUGAUCCAAUCACAAUGCUUUCCCAUAGCAUUGGCUGAGACUGACAAGGAUGCAAAUCAGGGGCAGAGCCAGCACAAGUCAAACAGAGCCCUGGCAAUCAGCAUCUCCUCAUAGAGAUGAAUUGAAUCAAUGAAUCUCUAUGAGGAAAGUUCAGUGUCUGCAUGCACAUGGCAGAGAUACUGAAUGUUUUGAUGUAUUUUAGGCAGCAAUGACCCAGGAAGGAUCUCUAACAGCCAUCUGAGGAGUGGCGAGUGAAGUUAUCACUAGGCUGUAAUGUAAACACUGCAUUUUCUCUGAAAAGACAGUGCUUACAGCAAAAGACCUGAAGGUAAUGAUUCUACUCACCGAAACAAAUUCAACAAGCUGUAGUUGUUCUGGUGACUAUAGUGUCCCUUUAAAAGGUUACUCCAGCUUCCAUGACCAUGUCUGCUUUUAGAAGUGGUCAUGAUAGUAGCAAUCAAUAUGUGCAGUGUUUCACUUCUGUUUGUCAGUUAGACAUAUUAAUACACAUCAAACUAGUGUUUUCUUUAUUUUUUAUUUUUUUUUACUAAUUACUAAUAUAUAAUAAAACAGCAAAGGAUGUCACAGGAUGAUGGAUGUUCAACAGCAGAUGUUAAUUGCUGGACUCAGGAAGGGAGAGAUAGAGUCUUUGUCCUUAAAAUCAGAGAACAGGCCGGCAACAAGUCUUGUGGUCCUUUGUCCACUAUUCUACAUAGCUAUGACCACAAUGAUGUCAGGCUUUUUAGCUAAAAUUCUUGCCAUAUAAAGACACAUAUGAAGACCCUCUUUAUAUGCAACCACAUUCCAGAAUUCUCAGACAAAAAAACCCAUGUGACUUAUUUUUUUUUGUCAAUCUUUGUUUAUUAGCAUGUUUUUUCAAAAGUAGUAGGCGAUACAGAAAUAAGAAAUAGAAUAGCAUUCAAACAACACAUUAAGGUACAUAAAUUUGAGUGAAUACAUCCUUCAGGCUGCUCCCCCGUCUAAGCAUACGCAUCGGGAGUUAGGUGGCUGGGUACUUUCGUGCAUUAGCGAACGGAGCUCGUUUUGCAUGACCCCUAGUUAUCUAAUUUGCUGAGGAUCACUGCGCCUCCUUUGGAAGGUAUGGGAAGUAUAGAGGUGUUACAAUCCAAUCUUUGUUUAUUAGCAUGUUUUUUCAAAAGUAGUAGGCGAUACAGAAAUAAGAAAUAGAAUAGCAUUCAAACAACACAUUAAGGUACAUAAAUUUGAGUGAAUACAUCCUUCAGGCUGCUCCCCCGUCUAAGCAUACGCAUCGGGAGUUAGGUGGCUGGGUACUUUCGUGCAUUAGCGAACGGAGCUCGUUUUGCAUGACCCCUAGUUAUCUAAUUUGCUGAGGAUCACUGCGCCUCCUUUGGAAGGUAUGGGAAGUAUAGAGGUGUUACAAUCCCAUAUUUCAGCCUCUGUGCCCCCGUCCUACAUCCCAAGGAUCCCCGUGCCUUUUCCCGUGUUUGUUUGUAGCGUGUGUCAGGAGUCCCGGUGUAGUGUGGGUCAUGUGGGUAAUCCGUCUUUUCCCGUAGAGACUCGUCUGUCCUCUCUACCUAUUGUCUGUCAUAUAUCAUAUACCCAUGGGGGGUGGUGUGGGACUGUCUAACCUGCUUGCGAAUGGCAUGAAUGCCUCCAGUUUGCGUACCCUAAGGAAGAGUCCCUAGUAUGUGUCCGAGGUAUACCUCGCCUCCCUACUUUAGGCGCCCGAAGGAGGAGUGAAAUGCUGUGCUGGUACUACUAAUCGGGUUGUCACUAUUGGAGAAUCAGCCGUGAAUUGAGAGAUCGAAAAGGCGGGUGCACGCUAUUAGGUAGGUUUAAUAAGUUAGCCCCGCUGUACGUACAUGAAGGAAGAGAUAGAGGGGACAAAUAGAAGGCAUGGGGGAAUUAGUGAUAGAGAGAAGGGAAUGGGGUGAGGAACAGGCUGGAUUGGGAUGCCCGGCCCCGGUCUCGUGGGUCUCCCCCAUCCAUCACGUUGAGAGCAUGCUCAGGGCCCUUAAUCCUCCAUUUACCAGGCAGGUCGGUUUCCAGAUUCGUCCCUGUUGCACAGGUAGUACGUUCAUGUCCUCCAGAUCCCCUUUUUCUUUUCUCGAGCCUUCCACUCACCGCCACUAUUUCAGCUUCCACUUGCCUGAUCUCCUCCACUCUCUGGAGCGAGGCUGUGAACGUUGGUGGCUGUUUCUGCCGCCAUAGUGCUGGGAUCAGCGAUUUUGCUGCCGUUAGGAGGUGUCGGGACACAGUUUUCUUAUACCUCAAUAUGGGUAGGUCUGUUCUGUUGAGUAAGAUAUCUGCCAGGUCAAAAGCAACCUCCUCCUCAGCCACCCUCCGCAGCACCUCGUAUAUGUGUUGCCAGUAUUGUGUUAUGAGUGGGCAUGCCCAGAAAAUGUAAAGAAGAGUUCCCACCCCCUCCCCAUAUCUCCAGCAGUGCUCAUGGGCUUCUGGCAGUUAUUUAUGGAUCUUCUGUAGUGUGUCAUACCACUGAGUAAAUAUUUUAUAGUUGAUUUCCUGAUACUUGGCACAUCGAGAGCUGAGGGACGUGCACAUGGCCAUCUUGUACCAUUCGGGUUGAGUAUACGAGGUAUGUACUGCCCCUUCCCACUGCGCCUGGAACUUCAUAGGAGGGACUGCAUCCACCUGCUGCAGGAGUGUGAAGAGGACUGAUAUAGUACGAUGGAGGCCUUCACCUUUCGAGCAAAUCUCCUCGAAAGGGAGCAGAGGUCUCGUAAGCUGUAGUUGGUGAGCAACCGACUUGUGAAAGUGGAUCAGUUGGUGGUACUGAAAGCACUCAAUCAUAGUUGGUUCACGGUUUUGCAGGAAUUCCCGCAGGGGUAUCAGAACACGGCCCCUACAGAGCUCCGAGACACGCUUGUGUUGGCUUUUCCCUAAGAACCCCAGGGACUGUACAUCCUGUCCAGCUAGGAACGCCGUGUUGCCUGUGACUGGGUACAUCAGGCUGGUUAGCUUUGUAAGGGAGAGCCGAAAGCGUGUCUGGUACCAAACCUUCAGAGUCGCCCCAAUAAAGGGUUAUGUAAAUUCUUUUUUGCUGUGUCGUCCGACAGCCACUUCGAAGCAUCUCUCUCCAGCGCCGUCCAGAUCCUCUGUGAGUCGGUUUCAUGCCAGGCUACAAUUCUCGACAGGUGUGUUGCUUUAUAAUAACCGAUUAUGUCUGGUAGGCCAAGUCUCCCUAUCAGGUGUCCUAGUCGUAUAUGUGGUCUGCGCCCCUUCCAUAUGAAUUUUAUUAAAGCCGAGUUAAGGGAUCGGAAAAAGGUGGGUGGAAGGCUGAUCUGUGUUAUGCUACUUGGGUUAUUUGGAUUGGAACUCAACUGCAGCUUGUAGAACUCCUUAAAGGACCACUCUAGGCACCCAGACCACUUCAGCUUAAUGAAGUGGUCUGGGUGCCAGGUCCAGCUAGGGUUAACCCAUUUUUUAAUAAACAUAGCAGUUUCAGAGAAACUGCUAUGUUUAUUAAUGGGUUAAGCCUUCCCCCUAAUCUUCUAGUGGCUGUCUCAUUGACAGCCACUAGAGGCGCUUGCGUGCUUCUCACUGUGAUUUUCACAGUGAGAGCACGCAAGCGUCCAUAGGAAAGCAUUGUAAAUGCUUUCCUAUGCGACCGGCUGAAUGCGCGCGCAGCUCUUGCCGCGCGUGCGCAUUCAGCCGACGGGGCGGAACGGAGGAGGAGAGCUCUCCGCCCAGCGCAGGAAAAAGGUACGUUUAAACCCCUUUCCCCUUUCCAGAGCCGGGCGGGAGGGGGUCCUUGAGGGUGGGGGCACCCUCAGGGCACUAUAGUGCCAGGAAAACGAGUAUGUUUUCCUGGCACUAUAGUGGUCCUUUAAUUACAAUAGUAAAGAAACAAAGAAUCUUUAAAGUAUCAAUACUGUAGCUUUAAGAAAAGAGAGGAUUGCUAGCAAUUUGAGAAUCAAACGAAGUUUUAAUAAUUGAUAAACUUAAAUGAAUUGCAUAUAGGCAAUAAUCCAAUAAGAAGAAAGUGCAGGUUAUCAAACAAUACAAAGUUCAUUAAUAAGUAUUUCCUCAGAGAAGUAUUAAAUAAGCUUCUUUAGGUUGCUGGAAAUAAUCUUCAAUAGAAACAUUAAGCAGGUAGCAGAGAGUAUUUGCAAAGCAAGAAACAGUUCAUAGUAAAUAAGCAUGAUGGGAGUUGUCCUCCAUAUAAUUAAUAACUUGAAGCAGAGAAGAUUUGAGCAAGCAGGAAUUGGUUCAUUAAUAAAUGAUAUUGCAGACAAUAGUUGAAAGAUAUACUUAAGGUUAAGGAGAGUUGUCCUCCAAGAGUUCAGAGUUAUAGUCCACUUGUAAAUUAGCAAAGUAUCCGUUCUCCAGUAAUCCUCUAUGGCAUGCAGCUUAAUCCUUGCAUUGGCUCAAAGGCUAGGACGGCUUGUCAUAGCUCGUGGAGCCGGCGUGUAUACCCGGAAGUAGGUCCCACAAUCACCAAGCGCCUGCUCCCUGGCGCGGUCUCCCUAAGUACUGUCAGAGCCGCGUCAGAAGGGGACGGUGCCGGCUCCACAAUGCGGAAGUGCCGAACCCGGAAGAGAUACCGCAUGACAGGACCCCCCACCUAAGGAGCACACUCCGGGUGCUGUUACCUCGGUUUCUGAGGGUACCUUUUGUUAAAAGCAGUAAUUAACUUCUUUGCAUGAAUUUCAGAGGAAUUCUCCCAGGUGUUAUCUUCAUCUCCAUAACCCUUCCAUUUAAUAAGGUAUUGUAAGUUACCUCUAUGAAGUCUGGAGUCAAGAAUUUUCUCUAUUUCAUAUUCCAAUUCACCUUGAACUUCCAUGGGGUCAGGCUUUGACAAUUGUUCCCUAUGGAAGGGAUCUGGGAGAACAGACUUGAGAAGGGAAACAUGAAAAACAGGAUGAAGUUUAAGUGAAGGAGGAAGUUUCAAUUUCACAGCAUUUUCAUUAAUAAUGGAUUCAAUUUGAAAAGGUCCAAGGAAAAGAGGACUAAGUUUCUUAGAAGGACGGUUAGUGGAAAUAUUUUUCGAAGAUAGCCAAACAGUGUCACCAAUUUUACAUUUAGGAGGCGGUCUCCUUUUAAUGUCAUAAUUCCGUUUAUGUAAGAUCAUAGAACCUUCAAGAUUUUUCUUUAAGUGAUUAAACAAUGAGGACAAUUCCAUAUUUUGAAUAGAAACCAUUGGAUUCGAAGUUGCCUUGGGAUCAUCAGGAAACUAUAAAAAUAAACGUGAAGAAACCGUAAAGUCAGAUUGCGUAUUAGUACUUUUCAAUAAUAUAGACAUACCGUAUAUACUCGAGUAUAAGCCGAGUUUUUCGGCACAUUUUUUGUGCUGAAAAACCCCAUCUCGGCUUAUACUCGAGUCACUGUCUGUAUUAUGGCAAUUUACAUUAACAUUACAUUUACAUUGCCAUAAUACAGACUGGGGGCUGGCAGAGCUGUUACUUACCUCUCCUGCAGCUCCUGUCAGCUCUCUCCUCCUCCGCGCCGGUCCGGUCAGCACCUCGGUCAGCUCCCAGUGUAAGUCUCGCGAGAGCCGCGGGGUCAUAGUGCGGCUCUCGCGAGACUUACAGUGUGAGCUGAGAGAAGAGCUGCACGGACCGGCGCGGAGGAGGAGAGAGCUGACAGGAGCUGCAGGAGAGGUAAGUAACAGCUCUGCCAGCCCCCUCCUCCCCCCACUGAACUGCCAAUGCCACUGGACCACCAGGGAAGGAGAGCCCCCCUCCCUGCCAUGUAUCAAGCAGGGAGGGGGGACAACAAAAUAAAUAAAUUAAUAAUAUAUAAAUAAUAAUAAAAAUAAUAUAAAAAAUAAUAUAAAUAAUAAUAAAAAAUAAUAAUAAUAAUAUAACAAAACAAAUUAAAAUAAUAUAAAAAAUUUUUUUUUAUAAAAAUGCCCACCCCCCCACCAAGGCUCUGCAACACAAACACACACUGCAUCACACACACACUGCACUCAUAUACACACACAGCAUUCACACACACACUGCAUUCACACACACACUGCAUUCAUACACACACAUUGCAUUCUCAUACACACACACUGCACUCUCAUACUCACACACUGCACUCAUACACACACACACUGCGCACUCAUACACACACUGUGCACUCAUACACACACUGUGCACUCAUACACACACUGUGCACUCAUACACACACACUGCAUUCAUCAUAUACACACACUGUAAAUAAAUAUUCAAUUAAUAUAAUUUUUUUAGGAUCUAAUUUUAUUUAGAAAUUUACCAGUAGCUGCUGCAUUUCCCACCCUAGUCUUAUACUCGAGUCAAUACGUUUUCCCAGUUUUUUGGGGUAAAAUUAGGGGCCUCGGCUUAUAUUCGGGUCGGCUUAUACUCGAGUAUAUACGGUAUAUUAUUGUGGCGAGCAUUUGGCCCAAGACUAUAUAUACAAAAGACUGAUUGAUAUAUAUAUAUAUAUAUAUAUAUAUAUAUAUAUAUCUAUCAAUCAAUCAACUGAAGACAAGGAGAAAUUAAGAAGAUUUAACGUUGCCGAUCGUUCAAACAAGAUUUUACAUUGGCGAGCCAGCCAGGAGAAGAAAUAUAUAUAUAUAUAUAUAUAUAUAUAUAUAUAUAUAUAUAUAUAUAUAUAUACACACACACACACACACAUAAAAGACUUAUUCAACUAAAGAAAAACACAACCAGUUAUUACAGAACUCAACUGCAGCUUGUAGAACUCCUUAAUUACAAUAGUAAAGAAACAAAGAAUCUUUAAAGAAUCAAUACUGUAGCUUUAAGAAAAGAGAGGAUUGCUGGCAAUUUGAGAAUCAAAUGACGUUUUAAUAAUUGAUAAACUUAAAUGAAUUGCAUAUAGGCAAUAAUCCAAUAAGAAGAAAGUGCAGGUUAUCAAACAAUACAAAGUUCAUUAAUAAGUAUUUCCUCAGAGAAGUAUUAAAUAAGCGUCUUUAGGUUGCUGGGAAUAAUCUUUGUGACAGAACGCUGGCACUCCGACUGAGUACCUCUGCCAAUCGAUGCGCCUAGUGCUCGCUGAGGACUCCAAGCACUCCAACCAACACCAUCAGCACUGCAGACCCCACUUCCAGCGAUACAGCUGCGCCGGGGUCUCGCCGUCUCCACCCACCCUGGAUCCACGACCAGGAUCCAGCUCCCAGUGGGUGAACCUCUCCUAAAUCCAGAGAGCGUAGCAGGAACAAAUCAAGCUAUUGCAAGAGCUUACUCUGGGGAGUAAGUGAUUAUAGCAAUCCCCAGAGUGUAGGUAUCCCUUCCCCCAAACAUAAGCCAAGGCUUCAAGAAAGGUACAAGAUGAUCUGAUUUGAAUGACCACACACUGGCUUUUAUGCAAGUCCCCAUGCAUGGGGACAUCCCACAGGGUGGGACACAGUAUAACCAAUCACAGACAAUACAAACAAAACACUCCCACAGUGACAUCACAAUCCCUCCUCUCUAUCCUGGAGAUAAUUGGGAAGUAAUUAAAUUAUCUCCCAGGACAGAGGCAAGACUCCAUUAACCACAUGGUUACAAAAAGACAUACAAUUACACAAUGUUACAAUUACUACAUAAAACAUAUACAUGCAACAUAUCCCCAGAUAGCUUAGAGUUCACAUUAUUAUUGAAUGGCGCUCAGAUCACAUACAUACAAUUCAAUCGCCAUGGAGCCAAAGUCUUUUCCAUAGUCUUUCGUUACACGAAUUGGCUCCAUGACAUAGCUAUCUGGGGUAGCACUACUCACAUACUGAAAGUCCCGAACAACCCGGAAGAAAUACCCAAAUAAACCUUAUUGCAGGGUAAAAUACAGCUAUCAGCACAGGGGCCAUAGUCGGAAGGCAGAAGGCUAGCCAGUAGUCCCCUCCAGGCACAAGUGGCGAAGGGCACUUCGUCACAAUCUUCAAUAGAAACAUUAAGCAGGUAGCAGAGAGUAUUUGCAAAGCAAGAAACAGUUCAUAGUAAAUAAGCAUGAUGGGAGUUGUCCUCCAUAUAAUUAGUAACUUGAAGCAGAGAAGUUCUGAGCAAGCAGGAAUUGGUUCGAAGAAACAGUUCAUAGUAAAUAAGCAUGAUGGGAUUUGUCCUCUAUAUAAUUAAUAACUUGAAGCAGAGAAGAUUUGAGCAAGCAGGAAUUGGUUCAUUAAUAAAUGAUAUUGCAGACAAUAGUUGAAAUAUAUACUUAAGGUUAAGGAGAGUUGUCCUCCAAGAGUUAUAGUCCACUUGUAAAUUAGCAAAGUAUCCGUUCUCCAGUAAUCUUCUAUGGCAUGCAGCUUAAUCCUUGCAUUGACUCAAAGGCUAGGACGGCUUGUCAGAGCUUGUGGAGCCGGCGUGUAUACCCAGAAGUAGGUCCCACAAUCACCAAGUGCCUGCUCCCUGGCGCGGUCUCCCUAAGUACUGUCAGAGCCGCAUCAGAAGGGGGCGGGGCCGGCUCCGCAAUGUGGAAGUGCUGAACCCGGAAGAGAUACCGCAUGACAAUCUGGAUGGUCUAGAACAGGUAUAGGAUUCAAGGGAGAAUUUUCAUCUUGAUGGAGUUGAUGCGUCCCGUCCAUGAAAAAUGUAGUGUAGUCCACGAUUUCAUAUCCGUAAAGAGGCGGGAGAGCAGGGGUUGAAAAAUUCAGUUGGUACAGCUGGUGUAGAUUCUUAGGGACCCAGACCCCCAGGUAUUUGAUGCGGUCCGUGCACCAGCGAAAGGGAAAGCGUGUCUUUAGGUUGUCCAGAUCUCGUGCUGGAACUGUGACAUUAAGCACCUCUGACUUGUCCAGAUUCAGUUUGAAAUUACUGAUGUUUCCGUAAGUUUUGAAUUCGGCUAUAAUGUUCGGGAGGGAGAUUUACGCUUGCUCUAUGUAGAACAAAAGAUCGUCUGCGUAGGGCGAGACCUUAUGCGCCACCUUCGCAAAUCAGAUUCCAUGGAUCGAGGGGUUAGACCGAAGUGCACAAAGAAAAAGCUCAAGUGUGAGGACAAAUAGUAUGGGGGAGAGAGGACAUCCCUGCCGCCUCCCAUUCGUAAUUCGUACUGGCGUGGAGAGUCGCCCGUUCACACGCACUCUAGCCAUUGGUUCGGAAUAAAGAGCCCGGAUCCACUUGCAGAAGGGUUCCCCAAAGCCCAUCUUCUGUUGUGUGCAGAACAUGUAUCGCCAGUCCACCCGGUCAAACGCCUUUUCUCGUCCGUUGAGAGUAUUACCAGGGGACGGCGCGAAGUGGUAGCUAAGUGCAUAAGGUUGAGGAGCCUAAUAGAGUUGUCCUUUGCUUCCCUUCCCGGUAUGAACCCACUCUGAUCCGGGUGUAUCAGAGAUGGGAGGAUUGCCUUCAAACGGGACGCUAGUAUUCUGGCCAGCAGUUUGCAGUUGGAGUUAAGCAACAAAAUUGUCCAAUAACUGGCGCAUUGUUCUGGAUCUUUGCCUUCUUUGUGCAGAAUGGUGAUGUGGGCCAUGAGCGAUUCUUUAUCAAGUCUGCCGUCUUGUGACGAGUUAAAUGAGGCAGUCAGCGGUAUUUGAAGGACGUCGCCAAAUUUCUUGUAGUAUUGCAAUGGGAGGCCAUCCGGGCCUGGCGUCCUUCCUGUUUUGGAGGACUUGAUGGCCCUCUGAAGCUCUUCGAUGGUGAUUUUCCGAUCUAGGGCAGAUGCUACGUCCAGUGAGAUUGUCUUGUGUACAUGUGUCGAGAGGUACACCUCUAUCUCCUCGAGCAGUCUGGCUGAGAGUGCCGAUUCCGCGGCUUCAGAUUAUAGAGCUUUGUGUAGUAGGCGUGGAAUAGUUUAUCCAUUUCAGACGGAUGUUCGGAGUGACGGGUGGGACCUAUGUAUGUCUAUGUAUGUGGAGUUUAUGUAUGUGGAACCUCUCGCCUUUUUUAAAAGCAUUUUCGCCAUAAGGCGACCACACUGGAAUGUUCGUAGAAGAAUCGCCUGGAUUUUUGCAGCAUAGAGAAAUGUUGUUGAGUGAUAAGUGAUAAGAGGAGCUCGCGUAGGUCUUAGUCGCUGAGAGUUUGUUUAUGACGGAUUUCAACAGUCGCAAUCCCGUCCAGGAUGCUCCGGAUUCGUUCCGCCCCGACUCUCUUCUAGUGCGCUCCUAUGGACAUGAGAAUUCCUCAGAUCACACUCUUGUGAGGCAGUCUAUUCUCGUGUACGAUCCAUGUACCGCCGAAUAAUACGAGUAGUCCCUUUUCUCCAGAUGGAGAGUCCUCCAGCAGUCUACCAAGUGUAAGGUCCGUAAGGCUUUCUUCAUACAUCUAAUAUGCGUAUAUGUAAUCUCACUCCUUCCCCUUGAUGUGUCCAUCGAAGGGUCCAAUGACACGUUGAGGUCACCUCCCAGUAUCAACAGUCCUUCUGAGAAGUCUGCCAAGCAGCCGCAGCGUCUUUGCGAUGAAUAUGUGUUGGCCGGAGUUGGGGGCACAUAUCUGUCAGGGUGGCAGUCCGAAGACCGGGACCCCUAUGCCUGAUGUGGAGAUGAGUGGAGUCUUCAGCGUGGUAGUGGAUAGGAAAGGCCUGGUGCAGGGUAACCGCAUGCCCCCUGGUGUUGAGCACCAGCGUUUGUGCGGCCACAUACCAAGACCCUGUUGCAGCUUAGUGGAAGCCAGAGCAGAUGAAUGCUGAGAUGUAUCCAGUACUAGAAACAAGACAAGGCUAGAAUAGGCACCAAACAAGAAAACAAGGCAGAACUAGUAGAACCCAGAACCAGAGAAGGAUAGAAAGCUAAACCCAGAACAUGUACACAAUACACAAGAGAAACAUUAACUAAACUGGGGAAGGACAGGACAGGACUGUGAAUACAAAAUAAAACAAGACAAGAUAUAAUAGGCAAAACAAGAGGAGACAAAACUAAGUACUAUAUAUGAAAACUAUGGGGAUUUUGUUACAUUAUAUGAUCAUACAUUGCAUAAGCCUGCCACAACGCCAAUGUACCCCAUAUUCAGCAGGUCCUACUCUGCCUAAUGUUCGCUAAAAGAACCAUAAUAAAACAUAUACAGCACUUACCUGCAAGGAAGGAGCAGAUGACUUGAAGCAUCUGCCUGCAGGAACCAACUGAAACAAAAGGAACCAUGGAAAAGGAACGGGUGUGGCAACAUAAAACAAAACAUUUAAAUGAAUCCUGGAUACUGGAAAUUCCAGGGAUGGAAUACAGGAAUGAACCCAGAAAUCCCAGCAUGAAGAAAACCAGACAUAGAAUAGAAAACCAGAAAAACCAAGAAAAACUAAACAAUAAUUGUAAAAAGAGUACUGGAUACCAGAAGCCAUAGUCAGACAUCAGAAAAGAGGAGCAGUUCCUGACAAUAUCGUGGUGAAGGUGAAAAGUUGCGAGUUUCACAAAAAGGUAUCUUCCUUCAGAGUCCGUCUUAUGGUCUAAGAGGACAAACGGGGUCCCUUGUGAGAACAGGAUCGCCACCCCGGCUUUUUAGCCCAGUGAAUGUGAUGCCAAGUAACUAGUAGGGAACCGCCUGUCCUUCAAUGCUUGUUCUGAACCCAGCUUGAAGUGUGUCUCCUGUAUCAUAGUGACCGACAUCUGGAAUGACCACAGUUCCCUCAGCAAUCUACCCGGUUCACUGGGGACCACCAAUAUUAGGGUGGCAGUCCAACCAGUGCCUGUGUAGAAAUUAGUCACUCCUCCCACGUUAGCACCCCCUAGGGAUUUGCGGCUUGACGUCCGGACAAUACCCCUUACCCGGGUUGUCUUAUCUAAUUGUCGAGUGCUAGUCUCAACCGUGUUGGUUCAGACUCCUACCCCGUUAGUCCCGGCCGGUGUGUACCCCCCGGUCCAGAUGUUGUCAGUCAGACGUGGGUGUGGGUUGUCCAUAGAUCCCCUCUAAAUGUUGGCCUGGCCUAAAGGCAGCCGGGGAGCAAGCGCGGCCCCAAAAGCCCCAUCCUCAGUUGCCCCUCAGGGUAUGAGACGCUAAGAGGCACCGAGAGGACUUAGCAUGUAACUACCCAAGGCCGUCAGUUUAUUAUGCGUUACGUUAUAGUGCAGUUGGGGCAGCUUUGUGUUGUGUUACUUGCCAGAGCCAGGAAAGGGGGAGAGGGAAGCGGGGCAACCACGGUAUCAGAUAACUGUGUUAUACUAUAUAAUACGUGAUGCAUACUGUAACGGAGCUCCUUGUACUCCGACCGAGUACCCUCCGUUGAUGGAUGCUCCUAGCGCUUCCUGAGGACUCCAAGCACCGCCGCAGACACCACAACCACCGCAGACUCCGCAACCGCCGUAUCUUGACUGGAGUCUCACCGUCUUCCUUCCACCCUGGAUCAGCUUCUGUCCUCCAGGACUGUGUGGUGAAGACCCCUCCUCCAAGGAGAGCAUGUCAGGAACAAGCUCUUAAAAGAGCUAAGUGACUCAAGCUCAGGGGAGCAUGCAUAGCAUAGCAAUCCCCAGUGUGAUUAUAACAGCUCCCUCCAAUAACGAGACAAGGCUACGUUUAGAGGGAUCAAGAAAAACUGUCAAAACCUUUAUUCCCUUGGGACCAGCCAAUACAGUCACCACAAUAACAUUGUUGUGAAACCUCAAUAAAAUCACAAACAGUCAAACCAUAUCAAGAAACACACAGUGACUUAUCACAACACAAUGGCACAUUUUUAAAGGGGUGGGGGGAGACAAUAUUUAACAGUAAAUAUCUCACCUGCCUGCAGAAUUAGCAAUAUGCAAAUCUACCCGAAUAUGCAAAUGAACCAGUCUUGCAAUUCAGGUAGUGCAUAUUGCUGUUGCUACCAACAGAGGGCACUAGACCAGCUCCAUAGCCAAACCCACCUAGUUGGUAGCAAACCUCAGCAGUACAGGAGAGAAGGCAAUACAUUUCACAGUACACACACACACUAUAAACAAUUACAUUACACACACCCUGCACCUAUAAUGGGUACAGGGUGACUAAAACAUAAGAUAAAUAAAGCAGCCUACAUAAAUAGUCUGUCUGAAGGUAGAAUAGGGGCUUUAAAGGCAAAUACAUCAAAGAGUCAUAGUCACAGGGGAGGAGGCUGGCAAGCAGGCCUCUCCAGUACCAAGUGGCGAAGGGCACUUCGUCACAUAUACCUAGACUCCUUCCGGAGGGGACGAAAGAGGGACCCAGCCAGAACGACACCCCCGCACCUCCUCCCCGCAAGCCCCAAGCGAGCCAUCCGCAUUGUGGCACCACCCAUGCCCUUGAUUAACUUUCAACACGGCAAAACUUUUAGCUUAGCCAGUUAGGAUGUACUGCUGUCUGGCGUUAUGUGCGGUUGGGAACAUGGGGGGGGGGGAAGCGGCGAGAAGAAAGAGUAAAACUACUACUCAAAUAAUAGUUGAUAAGAACAGUUGUGGACCUGUGGUGGUUGGGGGUACACCCCGUUGGUAGCCUUGUUGAGGUGAGUGAAGGGGAGUACAGGGUACUAGCAUUCCACCUCUAUCCAGAGAAGUCCAGACCUCUCAGAGCACUCCCACUCCCAAGCCCUCAUUCAGAGCAGAGGGCCACGGGUGCCCCCCCGUGAAGCACGUAGGUCCCGCAGCUCACCCCUAGAGUUACCCCAGGGGUCGGUCCCGAGGCCUCCACUCCGGGGGCCAGCGGAGAUAUUCGCAGGCUGGAGUAUAGACCUCCACAUAGUCCGGGCAGGGAAACACCCCGUGCCGCCUUCGUCAGGGACAGCACCACCAGUACCCAGACUCCCCCCAGCUAGCGGACUGACGCCCCCGGCACUGCCUAGCCACUCCAAAGGCCCAGAUCACCCAAAACAAGAAGCCCAGAAUCCCCGCCUGACAGGAUCGUAGUGUAUUAAGACGCCAAUUAUUGACCCUGGGGCAGGUUCCCAGACCCCAUGUCCCGGGUGGCCACUAAACUACGUGUAUAUAGGGGUAUCGGUUGCACUGUCUCAAAGGUCUGGAAAGUUGGCAAGAAUGUCACCAUUGUGGCAGCAGACCCCGUCAAGGCCUCCACCCUCCUGAAGCACUCCCCCCCACCCAACAGCCCCCAGACCUGAAACUUGGGUCACAGUUCCUGGGUAAAUCACUCUCAUUCCUCCGAUCUGUGCGGCGUGGCCCAGCCAGACGUGGCGAAGGUGAGUGGAGUGCCUGGAGCUGGCGCGGUCGAGAUCGUUGUUCUCUAGGCGGCUGGGUGCAGGAUCCAGUUUUGAACUGUCGUGUGGGGUAGCUCAAGGGCUCCGAGGAACACCGGCACAUCAUCUGGCGUCUUGAUGGUAGCCCAGGCUUCACCGGACCUUGCAUGUAGGCAGAAGGGGAAGCCCCAGCGGUAUAUAAAGUUGUGGUUACAGAGGAGACUCGUGAUGGGGCAUAAUGCUGGCCGGGCAUCCAGAAAGAGCGGUGACAGGUCCUGGUAUAAACUAACCGCUGCAUUGUGGAAUUGCCAUACCCGGCGGUCUCUGGCUUGAUGCAUUAUAAGUUCUCUGUUGGAUCGAGUGUAGGCAGCAAAUUACACCUCGGGGCGUGCCAUCUUACCUGGGUUGGCGGAGAGCUCUGUGCGUGAUCUAGUUGGAAGGUCUCUGGGUCGUCAUUUCCCAAGAUUAAAUUGAAGAGUGCUUGCAUCGUGGCCUCAAGCGGUUCCCCCUGCAUGCUGUAAGGUAGGCCUCGGAUCCUAAUAUUGCAUCUCCUGCCCCUAUUGUCCAGGUCUUCUACCUGUCUCCUGACGUCUAGCAGCAUGUUCUCCUGCCUUGUGGCUGCUAGUUCUGCAGCCUGGUGUCACUGGGUGGAAGUGGUAGCUGUAGCCUCAAGUGUGGCCACCCUGGCUUGAAAGGAAGAGACAUCCUGCCUGAUCACAGCCAGUUCAGCCCGGAUUGUAACUUUAAGGGAGGCCUCCAGUGCCCCUGCAUCCACCUUGGUGAACAUAGCCUGCGAGAUGGCACGCAGGUCAGCCCUCAGCUGCGACAUGGGGUAGGGUGAGGAUGCCUCGCUGAGCACGGAGGGUCCUGGUCUUUCGGGUUCCGAGGAGACGUCCACGUGGUGUGUGGCCGAGGUACCCAUGAGCUCCGCCGGCAUGGACAGGAGCUUGUCCAUCGGUCCAGCCCAGUAAGGUGUCUGAGUGUUGCACGUGGCUGGGGAGGACAGGACUUGCGUGUUCGGUCCAUCUGGACCGGGUAGGUUGCUGUUAGCUGCGUUAAGCGGGACCCGGUGUCAGGAGCCAAGGUCUCAAGCAGCCACCUUGCCCGCCUGCCAAACCACGCCCCCAUGUGACUUUUUGAUUCCAUUUGUUACUUAUCCUCAAUCCAGACACCCAUAUCUAAUGUGAAUAGAAUAUGCAAUAUUCUACAGAUGACUAUAUAGAGAUAACUGUAAUUAUACCCCCUGCUCACAAGAGUUAAUCAGCCCAGAAUUCUGUUCCAGGCUGACUAAUAUUACUUCUGUGCAAAAAUUAUGUCUGUAGGCUGGCAACGGACAUAAUUACAGUCUUCAUUUGCGGGCCCCGGUGAGUGCUUGCAAGUAGUAGCCUAACAUCCCUCCAGCCAGCCAGCCCCUUGCUCUCCAACCGCCACUUUCAUCACCCUCUGUACAGAUGACGCAGCAUGACUUGAGAGGAGGCAGAGACACAAUCAUGGAGGACUUGACCCAGCACUGGACUAUAGGUAAGUUUAACUCAAUAGGGCUCAGAUACUUAAAAAAGAAAGGUUGUAAUACCCCUUUAAAAAUACCACUUAAAACAGCUGGGUUGCAAAAAAAACCCCAAAAAAAACAUUUUAUACAAUGUUCCAAUAGGAAGAUGGGUCAACUAGUACAGUGUGUCUUUAAACUACAAUCAAUGUGUAAAAAAGUCUGUGUAAAUAGGAUACAUUGUUCAUGUUCUAAAUUACAUUUUAGUCACAUAAAUUGCUAUCAGUAAGUCACCUAAAAUUUAUCAGAACAGCCCUGGCUAUACCUCUAUUCACAAACUUUAAAUGAAACUGUCCCUCUUUGUCCAUUUGAAAGGUUGGGAGGUAUGCACAUAUAACAUAAGAAGUUUUAAAGUGACAGUAUACACAAAAGCACAUAAGGAUUAAGAAAUUCAUAACAGCUUAAAUACAAGGCAAAACAAAUAUAUCUAAAAUCCAUAUGAUUUAAGGGGGAGGGUAGAAGAAUCCAUGCUGCCUACAAUGAAGCUUUUCUGAUUUCAAACAAACAGUAGCUGCUGGGCUGCUGUACUGCUAGGGCUGACGACUACAUUUUGUCUUUGCAAUAACAUAUAAAAUGCUAUGUUGGCUCAAGUAAAUUACUAAGUGUAUAAAGAGCUCACAAGCCUGGGCACACCCCUAUGGUUGUACUGCUGUUGCUGCUACUAUAUUGCUGGGGCUAAGAUCAUUAUAAUGUCACUGCAAUUUACAGUAAGAAACAAUGGGGUAAAAAGCAGGUGCUAAUCUGGGGCAUUUUUGCAGGCAGAUUAGUACCUUUUAGAUAGAUUUACCCAAAAGAGUUUGAGGCGAGGGCAGAAUGAUCAGUUUUAAGAAAAGCAAGUGCAAAUUUGUUUUUUUUUUAUCUUAAGUUUUGUUUUUAAAACUAAAGCAAAUCUAUGUAUAUGGGAACACCAACAGAUUUCUACAGUACAUCGGGAAACACAGGCUUAUUGCUUGCUUGUUUUUUUAGUCCUACACUUGUAAAAACACAACAUAAUUGUUCCCUUUCUUUGUUUUCUUUUUUCAGAUGCUAAGAGCUUCAACACACUAAUAAAUAUUUCCAGUCCUAAACUGAACAGAGUCACAGACUGCAUGGAACACGCUCUGGCUGCCGUCUACCCCUGGACCCGAUACCCUCCUGGUUGGGACUGCAAACUCUACAUCCUCCCUGCUUCUUACCUUCCCACAGUCCCAAACCAGCUCAACAAGCAAACAAGCCAUGAAUUCUUGCUGUGAAACCCCUGUACCAGUUACCAGUAUGAGAAAGUGUGAGAGCGAUAACUCCAAAUUUAACACACCUUCUCCCCAUACACACCUGAGACCUUGUAAAACCAAGGAGUCACAUGACACUGGGGAGGGAAAAUGGCUAAUUGGGCCCAAUUUGGACAUUUCCACUUAGGGGUGUACUCACUUUUGUUGCCAACGGUUUGAACAUUAAUGGCUGUGUGUUGAGUUAUUUUAAGGGGACCGCAAAUGUACACUGGUAUACAGGCUGUACACUUACUACUUUACAUUGUAGCAGAGUGUAAGUUCAUCAGUGUUGUCACAUGAAAAGAUAUAAUAAAAUAUUUACAAAAAUGUGAGGGGUGUACUCACUUUUAUGAGAUACUGUAUAAUACUCUUCAACAGUUUACAGGACCACAAGAGUCACCAAGUCCACUUCAUUUCAAUGAAGUGGUCUGGGUGCCGUGGUCCUGUAGGUUAAACCUAACUAGAAACGGAAAUGUUUACCUUUAAAUGUUAAGCAUGCCUCUAGUAGCUGUCAUACUGACAGUAACUAGAGGCGCCUUUGCUGCAAUUAAUUUUUUAGCUAUGAGAAGCAUUGGAUGUGCAUAGCGCUUGCCACUCAUGAAUAUCAGGUCCCCAAUGCACCGGUAUGAGAAACAUUGGAUUGGACCAGUGUUGCUGCAUCGGUGACAUAGCGGGAGGAAGGAAGGAAAGCAGUGCAGCGGGAUUCUUGGUUCUUGAAAAAACAUAAGGGGCUUAAAUUUACGUAGGGACAGUGGCACUAUAGUAUUCGGAAUACAUGCUUAUAUUCCUAACACUAUAGUGUACCUUUAUAAGUAUUGAUAAUUUUUAAAUUAAAACUGACUUUUGUGCACAAAUGCAAUCACUGACACAUACACACACACACACACACAUUCACUCACACUCACAAUCAGUGACCCAUGCACUCACAAAUCCAUUGACUUAUACAAACUAACACAAUGAUCCAUGCAAACACACCCUGACUCAUACAGACACAAUCACUAACCCAUACAGACACAGACUGGCAGCAUAUUUUUCAUACAUGAACACAGGCUGUCAUUUUUCAAACAGAACAGUUCUUUAUAAUAAAUAAAAUAUCUGAGCUAUUUCAUAUACUUAUAUUCAUACUUUCCUGCAGCUACAAUCUCAAUUUAGGUGUAAAAUUAGUCACACCUUGAGGCUGACGAUUAAUGGGCUGGGAAAAGGAUUUAGGGGAUAUUUUUUGCCUCUGGCCUCUACAGCUUAAAGUGAUCUGGGUUCAUCAACUUUUCUGUAAUGGGACUAGAGCAGCAAACUAUUUCUUCUGACUACAACAUGUGCAAAACUUAUGAAAUUUGUAUUUGUAAAACUUUAUUUAUAAAUCUACAUUCUGUGUAUAACAUAGUCAAAUAAGCAAAUGUAUAUAUAUUGUUUUCUGAUGAAAAACAAAUGUAUAAAUGAUGUCACCAGAAAGCAUAUUAAGAAUUUUAAUGCACAUCAGGUUUUUUUUUGCUGUCUUUUUAGCUAUAAAUAAUAGCAUCACUUUUUACAUAUUCAUAAGUGGAUUUACCUUUUUGAUAUAGCUAGAGUGCUAGACCUUGUCUAGAUAUCGAAGUCUUGUCUGCGGGUCAAAUUUUUCAGCAAGACACCUGAUGACUAUUGUAGCCAUGUUACCUACCAGAUCCCAGGCAUCUUGAUGCACUGCCUGGCGGACGUUACUCUUCUUGUCUCAGCCCCUCUUCCUGCUAUGCUUCCAUCCCAUGGAAAGAGGCAGGAGCGAGCAAACUAUGCGUCCUUGCACUGCCUGGAAGGGUGGUGGGGUGGUGAUGGCUCCAAGUAAACAUCUUAAGCUGAGGUAGAUGCUGGACCCUAGACAGCCUUAGCGCCUGGUGCCAUGACCUUCCAAACCCACUUCAUAUAUAGCCUAGUUUGAUAGAGGGGAGCCACCCAAGGCAGCCGCCUAAGUGGCCUACAGGAAGCACAGACUGCUAUAACAGAAAUAAGCUAUCAUUGUGCAGCAGCAGGAGAGAAAAACCCAACAAUGGAGCCUGCCCUGCAUGAAUGACUCUGAUCAGACUCCCUCUCUUUUUCCUCUGUCAGGAUGGUGCAAGGUGAAGAUAUCUUCCAAUUAUACAUGUGUAAAUCUGUUAGGAAUGCCCAAUGCACAUCUCCAUCAUUUUUAGGGAUAGGACACUGAUUGGUUACAUCAGUGUUCCACAUGGUGUGGGUGUGGAAAACAUAAGAAAGAAGCGAGUGUAUAUGAUGGAAAAAAAAGAAAACCAAAAUGUACCUGCUUUUUCAGCUUGCAGAGUGAG